AGGCAAGCUCAGCACUAUCAGCACUCAGCACUCUGGAGGCCAGUCUGCAGCCUGGGGCUCAGCUGCCACUGCAGUGUGACAUGAGAGUCCCCGUCCCUGAGCCCAGGCAGCUGCAUUGCUAGCAGCCAAGAGCCCAGCCUGGCCAGCCCACAGCUCCCUGCCACUGACACCCGCAGCCAGAGCCGUGCCAAUGGGCAACCUCCUCAACGGGGUCAGCUUCAAGGAGCCCACCACAGUUGAGGACUGCGAUUCCACCUGGGAGACGGACUCCGGGGGGGAGGAAGAGGAGGAAGCCGAGCAGGGAGAGCGAGCAGACGGCAAGCAGGAGGAGAAGGCGGAGAGCGGCGGUGCGGACAGUGCAGCUGAGGAGGGCACCGGGGAGCUGUCCGGCGUGGCAGAGGGGAAAGCUGGCCAAACGAGAGAGGGUACAGCGAGCCCAUUGGCAGAGCAGGUACAGCACUCAGUAUGUGCCACAUGGCACAGGCUGCCCUACACUCCUUCCUAAAACUCAUGAUGACAUGGGGGGCUUGGCUGGUCUGCACCCUCUAUGACAUGGGAGAUACAUGUUGUAACAUGCUGAGUGGUAACCUGUCAUUAUUAGUAGGAUAGAGCAUCAUUCUAUAAUGGAACACUCAGGGGCAUUGGUUAAAUCCAAAAUAGCGAUGUACUGCAUGGGAAAGGAUAUUGGGGUAAAAUAAGUAGCACUACAAAUCUUUCUCUCUCUCUCUCUCUCUCUCUCUCUCUCUCUCUCUCUCUCUAUUUAUCUUUCUCUUUGUAUCUAUUUGUCUGUCUAUCUAUCUUUGUGACUGCACACUUAUAAAUGAACUGCUAGUUAUAUAGUUUUCAAAGACAGGAAUUGUGUUCCUCAGACCUGGGUUUAGUUUCUUUGUUGUUUAGGAUGAAAGCUGGAUGUCAGUGCUUUAUCUCAAUGGUUUACAUGAUGGUUAUAAGUUGAAAUACUGCUCACGUUUAUUUCUUUACACUACUCAUGUAAUCCAUUGCCAGAAUUUCAAGGCUAUUGGCAUUGCUGUGGAUACAUUCUCUUAUUUAGGAGAACUAAACAGUGUUUAAUAAAUGUAGCUCGGUUAUAGUUAUUUGAACUCUGUCUAUGACUUGGGCUGGUUUUCGGACUCUGUGUAGAUGAUUCUGGUAAAUUGCAUCACAUGCAGAACUUACUCCUUCAAAUAGCUACAUGCAAACUUUAUUAAUUCAUCUUAUAAGGGAGUCUGAGGCUAUAAAUGUCAAUCUCAAAAGUGUUUUUAUCAGUUAAAUGUUUGUUCUGGGGUCGCUUUUUGACACAGCUGCUCAUUUUGAAUGCAUUGUGAGAAAUGCUUACUGAUUGGAAAUUAGAACAAGAAGCCACCAUUACUUCAAGUAGAUCACUCAUCUAGUACUAUAAUAGCCACUCCUAAGAAUGUUAAAAAAAAAAAUUCUUUAUUUUUCCUUUCUUUUUGUAUCUUAGGUUUAUAGAAAUUCUACCAAAGAUUCUAUUUAGAAUUCUGCUCUAAAUUCAUGUAAAUUAGUUGUUUUUGGUAUACUGAAAAUACUUACAGACCUAUAAUAGUGUAUGCUGUUUGAAAAAAACAAAAAACAACAAUAAAUAUGAUUUGUGUUAUGUGUGGUGGCAAAAUAGGAACAUUUUUCAAUAAAAUUGGAUAACAUAAUGGUGCUGGAUGACAAAAAAAAAACAAACAAAAAAAACCCAAAGAAUGUGGGUAUUUAUUGACAGCAAAUGAUUGCAAGUUUAAAUGGUGAUUUUGAAUUUGCAAAUGUAUGCCAAAUGCCAAAGUUUGGGUUUUAGCGAAGUUGAAUAUUUUUUUUCAAUACAGCUGUUUUUGACAAAUGUUGCAAAAUCUGUAUACUGUUCAUAGUUUACGUUAUUAUUCUUUUUUAUAUUAUUAUUAUUAUUAUUAUUUAUAAAGCGUCAACAAAUUCGGCUGCGCUUUACAGUAUAGAUGUGUAUAUAUAUGACAGAGUUUAGUUGUGUCUCUUUUCUGUUAAAGAUAUUACUAAAGCCCUUCUAAAAUUGAGACAUUCUGUUGAACCGUGUGGCCUUUCAUAACAUUACAUAAUGGAACUUGUAUCAGAAAAGAACAAACAUAUAUCAAAUUACAAAGCAGUAGAACCAAGUAUGAGGAUUGUAGAGACAUAUUAAAUACAAUAUCAUAGAAACUUACUAAAAAUUGUAAUCACUAAUGGAAAAAUAAUCAGCUUUGUUAUUAUAAAUUUAAUCAAGUUACCUGCGCUCUCUCCUUAAUCCCUAUGUAUUUUUAAACAAAUGGAGUUUUUUUAGUUACCUCCAAUGGCCAUGAGAGGAUAAGCCCACCUGCCAACAUCAAGGCAGACCCCCUCCCGGUGGGUCCUAACUCUAACCAUUCACCUUGCUUCCUUGAGCUGCUGGCAAAGAUCUUUAAUGAGACAGAAAGGGGUAUUUUUUAUAUACAUCCCUAUAUACUUAUUAACCCUUAAUAGGGAACACAUGGGAUGGGCGGCUGCAUUGUAACAAGGCUGAGUGAUACAAAAAAUGGAUACAAAUACAGAAAGAUAAGUCCUGCGCUCAUUCCCAUCACUGGGCGGCAGCAAUGACUACAGUACACAUCAGCCCCAAUAUAUAGUAAAAACCAAAGAAAAACAAGUUACCUGCACUCUCUCCUUAAUCCCUAUGUAUUUUUAAACAAAUGGAGUUUUUUUAGUUACCUCCAAUGGCCAUGAGAGGAUAAGCCCACCUGCCAACGUCAAGGCAGACCCCCCAGGUGGGUCCUAACUCUAACCAUUUUUGUGUUUUUCUUUGGUUUUUACUAUAUAUUGGGGCUGAUGUGUACUGUAGUCAUUGCUGCCGCCCAGUGAUGGGAGUGAGCGCAGGACUUUUCUUUCUGCAUUUGUAUCCAUUUUUUUGUAUCACUCAGCCUUGUUACAAUGCAGCCGCCCAUCCCAUGUGUUCCCUAUUAAGGGUUAAUAAUAUAUAGUGGUGUAUAUAAAAAAAACCUUUCUAUCUCAUUAGAGAUCUUUGCCAGAAGCUCAAGGAAGCAAGGUGAAUGAUUAGAGUUAGGAUUCAUCUGGGGGGGUCUGCCUUGACGUUGGCAGGUGGGCUUAUCCUCUCAUGGCCAUUGGAGGUAACUAAAAAACCUCCAUUUGUUUAAAAAUACAUAGGGUUUAAGGAGAGAGCGCAGGUAACUUGUUUUUCUUUGAUUUUUACUAUAUAUUGGGGCUGAUGUGUACUGUGGUCGUUGCUGCCACCCAGUGAUGGGAGUGAACGCAGGACUUAUCUUUCUGCAAUUAUAAAUUUAAUGUGUGUAUAUAUUUUUUUCUGCAUAUUUAAUUAUUGUUUGCAACGUUUUGUUGCGGUGGUACUCUUGAAAAGUUAAAAGGCUAUGCAUAACAAAGUAAUAUAAUUGAAGAAAAAAAGUCAAUCAAGUUCUAUUUUUGAGAGAAAUUGUAAGGAAUUUGAAACAGACAAUUUGGAAAAAUAUUCUAAAGGUAGUUAUGCUUUCUUUUCUGCUGUAUGGUCCAUAAUUUGAAAUUAAUAGUAACUGCAGCACAAGAUGCUGACCAACAAUCCAGACUGGAUCGAAUGAAUUGCAAAAUCAGUUUAUUCCUCCCAAACAACAAUUAAAAUAAAAAAAGUCAAGCAGUGCACAAAAUGGGGCACAAAGAGACAGAGAGGUGCUAACGCGUUUCAUGCCGACAAGGCACUUUCUUUGUCAGCCCGAAACAUAUACCAGUCUCUCUCUUUCUGUGACCCACUUUGUUAACAAUUUAGCCUUUUUCUAUUUUAAUUGUUGAUCGAAUAUAUUGAAUUUGCUAUUUAUUUGAUUGAGUUCAAAUAUCUGUUCUUCGGUUAGGACUCAGUGCUGCAGUUACUAUUGGUUUUCAGUGGGGGGUGGGUAGAACUACUUUUUUAAAUAUUGUGAACAAUGUCCAGAUUUUACAGUUCAAAUCCCCCUCUACACUACUGGACGGUUUUGCACGGACUCUCUUGCUAUCUUCGUCACGUUACUAUAUAUUGUAUAACUGACUUAAUUUUAACUGGUUUUAUCCUCUUUACCUAAUCUUCUAUUGACUUGACUCCAGGAUUAUUAACAUACUAAAAUCACUUAAUUGUACAGCGUUGAUCAUUGCAUUGCAGAAAGAAUGUCUGCAACAACCUAUGGUUGUUUCUGCAGAUUCUCCUUUCUAAAGGUUACAUUUCUUCUGUUUAUUUUACCAUUGACAAAGUAUUGAUAUUCCAGCCAUGGUAUGGUUUGGAUUAUAAAUAAUAAACUUUAUAAAUGGCAGUGUUGCAGCAGGAAAGGUUGUAAUAAAUAAUGCAAAUGUUAUAUCAAAGUUGCAGUGCUAUUUAAAAUCCUGCUAAACAUUGAAUAAUGACCAUGAUCGUUUUUUAGUUUGCUAAAUAUUUGAAGCAAUUCUUGGCAAUUCUUAGAUUUUUUGGGGGGGGCAAAAUUACUCAUUGAUCAACUUGAAUGAGAUCUGAAUUGGUGCUCAACUGAGCCCAUCCACAGAAUUCCACAAAUACUGCAUCAACGUGGGGGAGACUAGGGAUUGGAUUCUGUUUGCAGAGGAAGGGUUUACUUAUAUUGAAUUGCAAUUUUCACAUAGAUGUCAAUGGAGGAAUUGCUAUUAUUAGUAAGCAAUGUUAAGAGAAUCCAGACCAUUGUGUUGUCGUAAGUCUGUGACAACAUUUCAGUGAUGGAUUUAUGGAGGUAUGGAUUUUAUGGAGGUGUAGGGAUUAUUGUUAGAAAUUAUUGUGCAGAUAUGGACAAACUUCUGUCAUACGAGAUUGUGGAAGUUAGCUUCCUCUUGAUUAAUAGGAAUACUGUGUUAUUUAUUAAAUGGACACUACAGGCACCCAGACCACUUCAUCUCAUUGAAGUGAUCUGGGUGCAAUGUCCCAGUCCCCCUUAGUCUUGCAAUGUAAAUCAUUGCAAUUCUAGUGAAACUGCAAUAAUUGCAUUCGGUACUAGGACUUCCUUUAGUGACUGUCAAUCAGACAGCCACUAGAGGCACUUCCUGCUUGCUAGGUGACUUUUGCUUGCCUAACUGACGAUGGACGUCCUCGCGCUUUACAUGAGGACAUUCAGCAUAAGUUAAAUCUCCAUAGGAAAGCAUUGCAGUAAUGCUUUUCUACAGCGAGGGCCUAACGUGCUCACGGCACUCGCUGCAUGUGCGCAUUUGUCCCCGACCCCCUGUCUGAAGACGUCCAAGGACACAGAGUGUUGACCCAGUGCUAAGGGAGAUCAACACUGCAAUCAGGUUAUUACAGAAAGGGUUUAUUGACCCUUUCUGAGCUGGGAGGUGAGGGCGUAUGAGGGAGGGGGAUCCAGAGAGAAGUAUAGUGUAAAUUUUACAGCUUUGUAUUUCUUACUCUAUAGAAUCCCUAUUCCCUUCCAAUGCCGUGCAUAGGUGAGGGAAUGGGGUGUACGAUAUUAACCAGUCUUUCCUUGGUAGAUAUUAACAUUUUUCUUGCAACUCUUUGGAUGAAGACAUGGUUGAACAUUUGACCAUGUUCUUUCCAAGCUUAGAGAAUACCCUGGAACUAUUGAGGCGGGACACCACCACUAAAUACCAUGUCCACUGAGUAUUCAGAUGUUUCGGUUUUGUAUUUUGUGUCCCCAAUGUGUAUUCACAUGAUUUUCCCUUGUUGAAUGUGGUUCCCCAUUUAUCUUUAUGUUAUUGUAAAGGAUUUGCAUGUUUUACCUGCUCCGGGGACCACCCCAACACCUCGUUUAAAAUGUAUACUUAGAACGUUCACACCUCGCUUGGUGUGAAAACCGCAAGGGAAACAGUGGCGCGUGCUUCCCCUGGGUAGCCACGGUUCGUAUCCCCGAAUGCCACCCAGAGGCAGCAUUCAUGGCUCCCAGUAAAGCGCUCUGUGUUGGCGUAUACACUGGAGAGAGGGAUGCUCACCAGCAGGGAAUCUCUGGAACCUUGAGUCAGUCUCACAGCCACAGAGUCCCGCUGGCCACAUGGAAUUCCGUGCCGACCAAUGGGAGAAGGUGCGCCCAUUCAAACUGGGUUCGCGACAUUCUCCUGGUUGGUCAGUGCGAGUGAGUGCUGUUUGGUCGCUGCGGGGCGCAGACGACCAAUCAGAGAAGCAGUGUCCAUUUAAACUGGGUUUUGCACCCCUUCUCCUGAUUGGGCGGUGGAACCCCCUCCUUCCCGAGCGCCAAUUGGUGCAACCGAGUUUCACGCCCUUUCUUCUGAUUGGGCAGCGAAACCCCUUUCCUCCCCAAGCACUGAUUGGUGCAGCCAAGUUUCGCACUUUUUCUUUGGAUAGGGCGGCGAAACUCCUUUCCUUCCCCGAACACUGACUGGCGCGAUUUGGUUUGCACCCUUUCAGCUGAUUGGUUGUUCCUUAGUUUAGGAGCGAAAUUUGAAUUAACCAAGCAACGCCAUGGAACUAAUUUCAGGGAAGUACAGAGCCUCGAGCCCCAGACUUUCAACGCUGAUAUCUCGGGCAUCCGAGCGACCAGCUUUUUGCAGGGAUCCCAGAUGGGACCUGGGGCGCCGAACCUCAAAGUGUACCCCCCUGAAUAUAAUGUGUUUUGAUGUGUAUCCCUGUGUACUGUUGGUAUCUCCCAGGACGGGAGAUGGCUAUCUGUAACCCAGCCCCCUCCUGCCUGGGACUAAGGGAAGUGUAUUGUGUUGAAUGGAGACCCCCUGCAUAAAAGAAACCUGUUUCAAUAAAGUUGUUUUUUUCAGUAUUUUAACCUCCAAAACUGUGUGUUGUCCUGUUAUUGGAGGGAAGGAAGUCUGCUGUUCCAGCUUGCAGGGGAUGCAAUGGGGAAAAGUCCUUGUAAGGAUUAAGAGCUUCCAGGGCUGAGUGUCGUCUCCACAUGGAGUGCAUAGAGCUAAGUCCCCUAACCAUGUAAGAGUUCCUGAUCGGCUGAAGAAAGGGAACUAGCGGGAGCAACCGGUCAGGUUAUCGAGGCGUCCCGUUACAACUAUAUUUCAGAGCCCAGCAGAAAAGAGAUCUUAUCAGCUCUGUUAAUUAACUCCUCACUUGGAGUACACGGGCCAUAAUGAUGGGCGUUGUCUGGUUAAAUGAGGGGAUGGACCCAAAGUUAAUUAAAUAAAGAACACAUGUACUUUCUUAUUUAAACUUUUACUACUGAGACUGUUUGCAGUUGUGUGCUUAGUGUAUAACUGACUGAGUGAAAAUCCUUUAAAAUGGAAUAAUGAAUGCAAACAUUGGCUAAGCAUUUUUAAAAGUGGCUUUGUCACCUUAACCCCUUUUUUUUAUUAUUAUUUGAUCUAUAUAUUCAUUUGACACUCUUUUUUUUAACCCAUUGUGGGUUUUUUUUCUUUCUUUUUAUGAAGUUAGAAAUAAGGAAAAGUUGGGACAACGUUUUGUUAUGUAUAAUUAUUGAGUUGGCAAAACAUGAAAUGGCGUAACUUCAGUUAAACGCCACUUUCUUUGUCUAGUCUGUCAGAGAUACUCACCUCCUCACAGUGUCCUUUCUUGAUGUGAUGUCAUUGAGCUAUGAACAAUACAAUACACAGCCUCUAAUAAAAAAAAAAGUUUACAUUUUUACAGCACAGUUUGUACUUUAAUCACACACAGGAGGCUGCUACUGGCCCUAGUAGGCAUUUAACAGAGCAGAAGAUAAGAAGGUAUAAAUUAAAUAGUGUGCAAUAAGGAAAUAUUUUUGUAUUUUUAUUUACGUUCCCCCAUAUAUAUUAUUAUUUGUUUUUGAGGUGAUUUGUUUCAAAUUUUUUCAUAUUUUUACUCAUAAUAAUUGAUACACAUCUAGUGCAAUUAAAUAAACAAGAACUCAAAAUAGAUUCAUAUAUCAGUUCUGAUUGUUAAAUGCCUGAUAUGUCUUGGAUCUAAAGUAAUGUUUGGUAGUUAACUUUGAGCUUAUACAAACUCCCACACUAAUGCUAAACCAACCAUACCCCUUAACCAAUUAUUAAACUAACUCUAAACUACCCUAAACUUACCCUUAGACUUAAACCUACACUAUCCUUAACCUUAAAACAACAUUAACUAAAAACUAGCAUUAUCCCUUACCUUCCCCUAACACUAACUAUAACCCUAUAGCUAACCUUACCCUAACACUAACUCUUGCUCUAAAUCUAACCUUAAUUCUACUCUAACCACACCCCUAACAGUAGCCCCAAUGAAACCCUGUGCUAAUAUAAAUUCUGAUAUCACAAGAUGGUUUUCCUAGUUAAAACAGUAGAUAGCCAUGUACUGGCUGUUUUCAUGAAAGGCAAACUUCCAGGGUACACCUCCAGGGUACACCUGUGGGUCCCUGGUGUGAGCGAGAUUUAACCCUGUUCACAACAAAACCGCAGAGUGUUCCAUGCCGUCCUAAAGGUAUUAAAGCCCACUUUGUCUAGAAUGGCAUGUAAGUUUUGUAAUAACACUUUUAAUUUUUGGUUUGCAGUGAAUUUUGUCUUAAUUACUCUAAUAAAGUUAAACUGUUUGUUUUUGAAUGUCUGUGGGGGUCCUCCAUUCUUUCUUCCCCUGUGUGUUUUAGAGAACAUUAUGUGGCUAAUUUCUAUAUGCUUUUAUUGUGGACAGCAAGUGGUGGAGAAGACAUGAGCUGUCCUUAGGAAUGAAAGCUUUUCCACACUUUCCAGUGCAACAAUUAAUGUGAGGAGAAAUAAAUUAACUUUAUUGAGAAAGACACCAGUUUGGUAAGCCAUGAGAUGUUGCAGACGGACACAGGUGCACGUAAUCUUAAGCUGACUGUAUCACUGUAGCCGAACCGACAAUACCACAAUCUAUUGGUAAAGUUCCCAGUGACCCAUGGUUCUGGUAGGCUGACAUUGAGGCCAACCACCAACCACCUGCUGCCCAGAGGCAGUAGCCUAGGUGUCUCUGAAGGGAAUCUGGCCCAGAGCAAAUACCUUCACUUUUUGAGAAAACUGGGAUGGGAGAAUAAUAUACUAGUAAAUUAGGUUUAUUCACUAGACUUGAAUUGUAGCAAAGUAUUAUCCAAAUUACACAUUUGAGGCUAAAAUAGCUGAUUUAGAAAUUUCUCUUAAAUCAUUUAUAGUCAUAACUUCCCUAUUUCAUCCUACAUUUUGCAAUUCAGAUAGAAAUUGGUACAAAUGGAAAUGUCAGAGAUAGGCCUGAAUAAUGAUUGUGCUAAAUAUUAAAGGAAAAUGAAGGAAACCACAAAAGAGAAAAUAGUGACCCCCUUGCAAGAUCCAACACUGGAACUCAGAAUUUCCAAUGCAACUGAACUGCACUUAAUCAAGCUUUCCCAUAGACUUGUGAACUAUGACCAUCAGCUUAUUCACUAAUAGGUCCUCUUCUAUAUUAGCCUUCACCGCUUGCAAUUUAGUAACCUGAACCUUUACCCAACCACCCAAAACAUGUUAUGUUAAGAAUAUUUGAAUCGUGAUUUACUUCUAUAAUUUCAGGAUUCUUGGAAACAAAUUAAGCUCCUUUCAUUGUACAUCUGGGAGGCUUCCAUACUGUGGACAAGCAUGAAAACAUCCGUUAUCAGAGCAGCAUUGGGAGCACUUUCAAGAGAACUCCCAAUGCGAUGCACAUGCUUAUGAACAAUGAUACAACCGGUUGAUCACUGUUCAUUGAGUGAACCAGUGAUGUCACAGGUAACACACUAAGGCUAAAGACAGCUUUUGUAAAAGAAGCCCUAAGAUACUACGAAUUCAAGAGUGUUUUUUUUUGUUUCUUUUUUAAAUCCUUUAUUCAGGGUGCAGAAUGCCAACAGGUCCAGUGAAGCAAAUCAUAAAAUCUUUCAUCCCUGGAGAAAGAAAUGUGGUUUACUGCUACUUUAACCUUUCAAAUAACAGUUAAAAAUAGAGAGUGCCAUGUACAAUAUAGUGAUUUCAGCAUUUAAGAGAUUAUGUGAAGUGUUCAAGGAUAAGUGCGAUCAGUUAAACUCUCACAGCAAUUUUUCAGAUUUAACGGAUAAGUGGCAUGCUUUCUGUUAUGCUUUAACAUGUAACAGUCAUUCCAUAUCUACUUUUUAGAAAAAUAAACUAAGCUUUGUAGAAACUAAGUCUCCUGACCUUAGGGCUAUGUAUACUAUUAUUUUUACAAAUUUGUUUUCUGAAGUGACUUAUAAUAUUUGUUAUUGUGAUUGCAAGCUACAUGUUUAAGUAAAUACUUGUAGAUUAAAAUCUUUUAUGACCUUUAUGAAGAUCAUCAGUUACCAAAACCUGAACAUCUAAUUGUAAACUCAUGGACAUUAUUCCCGAGUUGUCUCUGCCCUGAGAACGUUUUCCACUGAGUGAUAGGACUUUGCUGGAGAUUGCCACAAAAACAUUAGGUAGGUUGAUUGAAUAGGUUCACACCAAUUUUGACAAACCAUUUCUAUAUGGACCUCUAAAUGCAAAAAAAAGCGAUUGCCGUGUCAAAAUAUAAGUGCUGAUCUCCAAAUUCUUAGAGUUAGAAGUAUUGUUUAUAAUGUCACAAUGUGCUGUAGACUAACUGACUAUAGAAAUUCAUUUACAUGAAUUCCCAACGAUCAGUUCUUUUGAGCAUAUUGCUUUCAGAGGAAGUUGGUAACCUGAUUGUGACUGUAGCAGCAAGGAUAGCUUUAUUAUUCUCAACACCAUUAAAGGAUUACUCCUCCAGUCGUUUUUUUGUUACUGAGCCAUUAUUGCUCCUGUGUGUUCAGACUUAGCAAUAAUAACACUUACAGAGUUAUUCAUUAAAGUGAGACUUGCAGGGAAUUAAAGGUAAAUUCAGUUGUAAAGUGACACUACACUGCCCAAAUACAAAAAAACUAAAUCAAUAUUUAAUAGAAAUAUUUAUUUAAUAGAAACCCAAAAUUAAAAUGCAUGUAUUUAAUUAUGCAUUUUUUCACUAUGAGUCUACCUAAAAACAGCUGACAAAAGCUGCAGAUCUCUUUUCUACUGCCUUAGCAAGCCCUUCCCUUCUAACCCCGCCCAGACUUUCUGUAGCUGUCCAAUCACAGACUUUGCAAUGCAGCUCAGUGACAAUUCUUUGCAAGUCGGUGUUCUGGGCAAUUGCUUACCUAUUGCAGCUCUACUGAGCUAACCAAACCAGGAAAUAACAGGACCGGUUGUCUGAUUCACAGCCAAGGAGUGUAACAAAGUUAUUUAAUAAAAGUGCCCAUUUCUAUUGAAAUGUAUACUUUUAAAUAUGAUUCACUGUUGGCACUUACAGGGUUAUUACUAAAGUGAGAAUUCUAAGUGUAUUUCAAAUCUAAAGCCAGAGCAGCUGAAUAGAAAACAUAACUGACUGAUUUUUCCUGUUUGGCUAUACUCACCUAAAAUGUGAAGUUCUCCCUGAAUUCACCUUGAAUUUUAACUUUAGUGAAUAACCCUGAUACAGCGUUUCAGCAAACUAAAGUGCUGUAGGGGUCUGGAGUGUUUCUUUAAUGACAAAGUAUUAAAUUCUCAUUUUAGUGAAUAAGCCUGUUACUAUUUAUCAAGGAGACAGCCCACUGAGGCCUGACAAGGGUGAAUGGAGGCGGCCCGCUGAAGGAGAAUGCGGUCAUCAAGGAGGGGAGCAUAGAGGCAGGCCACUGCGGGGCAAUAUGGGCAGGGAGGGAGAUGUUAUCUUCCUGUUCCCCUUGUUCUGCUCCCUUGCGCACCCUGCAGUGAUGCUGAGUGCCAGGAUAUGACCUGGGAUAUCACUCUGGUCAAACAACGCUUCAGCUCUCCCAAAGAUAGAGAGGUUCUUUGGACGUAAAUUGAAAUAAUAUAAAAAAAAUAAUGUGAGCGUCUGAGAAAAUGUGUGCAUGUGUCAGGUAUCAGUGUGAAUGUGAGUGUGUGUGUGUGUCAGUGAGUACGUGUGUGUCAAAUCAGCGAGUGUGUUUCUGUCAGUGAAUGUUUGUGUCUUUCUGUCAGUCAAUGAGUGUGAGUAUGUAUUUCUGUCAGUUAGUGUCUGUUUAGGUGAUUGGCUCCCAUCCGAUUGCAUGGGAAAGGUGUGUUUACUCGCCCUUUUUCACAGGCCUUGCCAUGGCUGGCUUAAUCUCCAAUCUUGAUAAUCUCAGCCAAGCCAAUGCUUUUCCAUAGCAAAGCAUUGGGAGGCUAUUGCGCAUGUGCGAAUCAUCAUUUCCUCAUAGAGAUGCAUUGAAUCAAUGCCUCUCAAUAGGGAACAUUCAGCACCUCCAUGCAGAGCAACUAGGAAUCACGUCUAGUGGCCGUCUGAGUGACUGUCACUAGAAGUGUUAUUAGGUAGCAAUGUCUUGUUUACAUUGAAAAGCUUGCAGAGACAGGAUAUAGACACUAGAACCACUACAUUAAGCUGUAAUGGUACUGGUGACUACAGUGUCCCUUUAAGAAUUAUUGUUUUUUCAUUGAAAAUUAAGCUUUGUUUUUAAAAAAAAACUUUUUUAAGAUGACUCCUAGAUUUCAAGUAAUUUGUCAAGACCUGCCUAACGCUAUAGUGUUCCUUUAACGGUUUUCUACUUUAAGUUGCCAGCAGUCUGCUCUAAUCAGCUGUGCUCCAUAGCGCUCAUUGCUGAUGUCACAAGCUGUGAUAUCAACCCAGAAAAAUGCAUUUUCCUCAAACUAAAAAAUAAGCACCAGUAACAUAAUGCUCAUUCAUUUAACUUUGUGUCACUACUUUAGCAUAUAUAUUCAUGUCUCUUAUAUAUUUAUUUAUAUGAAUGCCAAUAAUAAUAAUAAUCAUAAUAAUCAUUUAUGGGUCACCAGCUCUAAGCUUGUUAAAUGAUAUAUUAUAGCAGACUUUUGGCUCUUUUUUAACUAUUUCAUAAUUUUAAACUAAACUAAAGCAAUUUAAAUGUAUGUAGUAUAUUAAAAAUAUGCAAUAUCUACGAGGUGUAAAAAAAUAAAAAUGCAGUUUCGAGGAUGAAAAGAUCCAAUCUCAGCCUUAUGGUACCUGUAUGGAAAUGAAACUCUGGGUGCCAUAAAUCCAUAGAUUUACAUUAAAGAUAUAGAAAACUAUUUUUUAUUCCUUAAUGGUAAAGAUUUUGUUCCUCGCUGUGUUUUAUCACAUUAAAGCAAUCAUGCGUGUAAGGGCACAAUAUAUAAAUCUAACAAAGUGAUGUUAUGUUAGAAAUAUGUACUAAUAAAUAUAUGUUUCUUUGCUUCUAUCUAUUCCUCUGACUAUGACCAAACAUAAAACUACAUAAAUUGUGUGAGUAAAAGGUUUACCUGAUCCAUAAAUUUUACACAUAAAAGGGGAUUUUAAGUCUAAAAAUCACUGCUGCCAUUGACAUGAAUCACUAUUGCUGUAUUAUAUGAUGUUAGUAUAUCUGUUCAAUAUUUCAGUGGCACUGUGAUUUUUAUAUAUAUAUAUUUUAUGUAUAGCAUGUAGUGGUUAUUUGCUAUAUAUAGCAUGUACUGAUUUGCACAUAACAACAUGACAAUGCAUACAUUUUAGAUAUUUGUUAUUUAAAAUGUUAUGCUCUAAUUAUUUUUCAGAUUAAACAAUGUUUGUGGUAAGCAGCAUGAAAACUUUGCAUCAUUAUAAAUAUUAUGUUGUAGAGCAGAAUUAUAAAAGUACUGGCCCGGGGCCAUUUUAAACCCCUUUAUAUUUUCAUUUAGCCCUUCCGAUACCUGUCCCCAAAUAUAGAAGUAUAGCUGAGUCCCAGGCAUAUCUCUCUAUGACCUGGAUCACUGGUGGCUUGGUGCUCAUCAGGUUCAUGUUCAUGCCAAUAUUUGUUGUGAAUGAGGAAGCUGGGAUGCACUGUUUGCCUGUGCCGUUUGCUCAUGUCAGUCUCAUUAGCAAAGUUCUGACAUUUGGCAGUCAUGUACCAGAACUUGUGAUUAGUGAUGAGGUUGGCUGGGGCACACACCACAGUGAUCGGUCACCAAUGUCAGCACUAUUACAUGUUCUGGGAGGGAGCAUAUAUUAUGUGUGUAUAUGUCUAUGCGAUUGUGUAGGGUUGUGUGUCUUUGGGAGUGUGUAGCUUUGUCUAUCUGCAUCUAAGGGCGUCUGUGAGUAAGGAUUUGUAUGUGUCUAUGUGUAAGAGAGUACGAAUUUUUGCACAAAUUCUGUCAGUACAAAUCUGCUGCACCCAUUGGAGACAAUGAAUAGGCAAGUAUCCAAUAAUUAAACUGACUCUGUGCAUAAUGUGUGUAUGUGUGUGCCUCCCUCUGGAAAGAGGCGAGCAGUAGUCUUAUCCUUGUGCUGUUGACAGAUCUGCAGAUCACAAGUAUUUAAUCUGACAGCCGCCCGGGUAUGGGGAGAGCUAGGAUGUUUUCCUUUAAACAGUUUCCUAAAAUGGUUGUUGUUAUAUAUUUUCCUUCUGUGUACAGCAAUAAAGGUUUUUUUUACUUUGUUGUAUAACGUCAUUCAACACUAUUGUGUCAGUUUACCCGACCCAAUACAAAAUGUUUCAGAACUUCUUAUACCCUAUAAUUUUACAUAAAUGCCUCACCAACAUCUCUAUAAACAUUGUUCUCAUUCACAUGGUGCCAUUUUAUAGGGUUUCCAGGUGUUGUCCGAGGGUCGCCAUACAUUAUCCCACCAAUCAGCAGCAGACCCUCCCUCCCAGACCCUCCCACCUCCUGGACAGCAUCCAUUUUGAAGCUGCAUUAUUAGUGAGCGGUCCAGGAGGUGGGAGGGUCUGGGAGGGAGGGUCUGCUGCUGAUUGGCUGGAAUGUGUCUGCUGACUGGAGUCCGUGGCGAACCGUUCGCAAACCGUUCGGCGAAUCGUUCGGGACAUCACUAGUCACCACCUUCCCCAUCAUUCUUGCCCAUGUAGUAUGCAGUCCUUCCUAAUAAUAAGUUAUGAAAAUCAGCAUCAUUGAUCAUGUAAACCUAAACUCAAAGUCUUAAACCUCCCACACCUAAUAAUAAUGUAUUACAUAUUUGAAAAGUUUUGCUUUAUUUUUUGUUUCUUUUUCCUCCUGGUGUAUUUUUCAACUAAGGCAGAGUCAAAGUCAAGAGUUCUUAUAAGUGGGUGAUGCAGAGUUUGCCUCCACAAACUAGUUGGAUUGCCUCCACAUACAAUAUCACCCCAUAGUCUAAUUACAAUUCAGAUACUAAAAAAGGACAAGUGAAUAUAAAGGCACCAAUAACACUUGUCCUCUGAUUAAAUGUAUAGGACGUAACACAAUAUUUUAGAAAAAAGCAGCAACCUAAACAGUUUUUAACUCAUAAAAACACACAAUAAAUACAAGAAAUCUAUAUAGGUGCGCUGUGCCUUUAAGACAAAAUUAUUUUAAAGUGCAACAAGUGAUUUAAUGUGCAAAAAUUUGAUUUGCAUUAUAGUGCAUGAAAUUUCUUAACGCAUAUAUAGUGCACAUAUGUGUAAAAACUGUGAUAAAAAUACACAAAGCACUCACUUAAAAUGCAUAUGUUGUUCAUCUCCAUGUAUCAUAAAAAAGGAGGAAACAAAAUACAAAUAGUGUAAAUCUAUAUAACAAAAAGUAAAAAUAUAAUAGAUAAAAUGCACACUCACACGCAUCACUUUUAGAGGAGCACCACAUUUUAAAUGUAUUUUAACUUUUAACCACCCCAAAAAAGAAAUCCCAAGAACAUUUUUAGAUGAUACCAUAUAGCAGCUUCAUCCAAAAUUCCCCUUUUUAUACAGUACAGUUCAGGUACCAACAGUAAAAAGCCAUCUUUUUUCACCAAGGUAACUGUGUUGCUGCAAUCAAAGACUUCCGGGGGGCGGAGUUACAAGUCUGCAGGCGUACGAUGCUUACAAACAUGCGUUCGUGCGUGGUCGAGUGUGAUGAAGCAUUUCGCCAUAUUCCCGGCUUCUUCAGAUCUGCCCACUCUUGCCUGUCAUAGUCUUUUAUGCACAUCCUUAUGGGCAUGUUUAACUUCCCUCCGUUCCAAUCAUGUAAUUGGGAAAGCGUCCAUAUGAGAAUCAUUGUAAUCUCUCUAAAGUGCAAGCAUACUAAAUACAUCUUUAUUAAACAUAUACAUAGCAAUUAAAAGCUUAAAAAGAAUAUAAUAUAAAUGUAUUCAUAUGGAAAUAAUUAAAAUCUCUUCUAAAUAAAUCACAUCUUAAAGGAACAAUAUAACAAUAUAAACCCCCCAAAAUAUACAAUGCAUAUAAAAAAUGUAUACUUAUAUUGAACAUAUUUAAAAUUAUAUAUAUAUAUAUAUGUGUGUGUGUGUGUGUGUGUGUGUGUGUGUGUGUGUGUGUAUAUAUAUAUAUGUAUAUAUAUAUAAAAUAUAUAUACAUAUAAAAAGACAAACUGCUAUAAAAAGAGAAAGUGAAAAAAAAUUAUAAAUACCUCACAUAUUUAAAUAGUCCAAUAUCAAUAAUUUACUCAUAAAAGAUCAUAAAAAGUUUAAAAAAACAACAACAAAUUCUAUAUAUAAUCUCUUUGGUUCUAAAGUUUUAAGCCUAUAUACCCAUUGCAUCUCUUUUUUUACCAAUAUCUAUAAUAUGAUUUCCUCCAAGCCAUGACUUUUUUUACUAUUUCAAUUCCCAAGAAUGUAAGGCCUCUUGGGUCUUUAUUGUGGUAUUUUUUUAAAUGUGCAGAGACACUAUGUUGUUCAUAUCCUUUGGUAAUAUUAUUCACAUGUUCAUAUAUUUGCUUAUGUAGGGGACUAAUUGUCUGUCCAACAUAUUGAAGUCCGCAUGGACAUAUUAACAAAUAAAUUAAAUUGUUACUAAAACGUGAUAAAAUCCUUUAAAAAAAAUAUAUAUCGCUAAAUUUAGUUUUGAAUUGAUUUAUACCUUUAAGAGUUAAAUUUUUACUACAUUUGCAUCCUGCACAUUUAUUACAUGAAUAAAAGCCUUUCUUGUCAUCUAAAAAUGUUGUUGGGAUUUCUUUUUUGGGGUGGUUAAAAGUUAAAAUAGGAUUCAAAUGUGGUGCGCCUCUAAAAGUGAUGAGUGUGAGUGUGCAUUUUAUCUAUUAUAUUUUUGGUUUCUGUUAUUUAGAUUUACACUGUUUGUAUUUCUUUUCCUCCUUUUUUUAUGAUACAUGGAGAUGACCAACAUAUGCAUUUUAAGUGGGUACUUUAUGUAUUUUUAUCAGUUUACACAUAUGUGCACAAUACAUGUGUUAAGAAAUGUUAUGCACUACAAUGCAAAUCACAUUUUUACACAUUAAAUCACUUGUUGCACUUUAAAAUAAUUUUGUCUUAAAGGCACAGCGCACCUAUGUAGAUUUCUUGUAAUUACAAUUCGGUGCUGAGAAUUUGGUGUUUAACACAGUAAUAUAUAAUUGAGACUUUAAUGGUGUUAAACAAAUUAAUGCUAUUUGGAGAACUUUUUGAUAUUAUGUCUUCAAACAAUAAGAAAUAUUCAUCUAUUCCUUUAAAUGGUACUGAAAACAAAAAAAUAAGCAGUUUUUUAUACUUUGAAUUGCGUUUGGAGAAUGAAUAAAGUGUGUGGAUUAUAUAUAGGAAUAUUUUAAUCAUAAUUUACACAGGUAUUGCUAUAUAAACUAUAUCCAAUGGAUGUAUUUGUCACACUUUAAUGUCAUAUAGUGGCAUAACUAUAGAUAGUGGAAAGACAAUGCUCACCUAGCAGACAUGCCACUUUGAACUUCCUAUUCAAUCUAAUUUGCAUAUUCCGGAGAGAUUCUCUUUCUACGUUAAGCAGCUUAUAUAGUGAAUCCUGGGUUAAAGGAAAAGCAAAAUCAGUAGACCAACUUAAUGACAUCUGCUCUGUUUUUGAGCUUAUGGUUUUAAGCUUUGGCAUGGACUUUACAAAAUUGGCAGAGGUUUGAAAGCAAACAAGUGAUACAUUUAUAAUGAAUUUAUAAUAAAUAAUACACAAUAGCAUCCCCAGCAACUUUUAAGACAAAUCUUAUGAUCACACUAUUUCAGAAGAACACUAUGAAGUUUGUUUCCUAAUCUCUAUAAUUUUAGAUAAGAAAUUUGGGCAUGUUUAAUUUAUAAUUCACAUAUCACUAUCUCAUGUGUAAGGGACGCAUUGUGUGUUUCUGUGUAUUUGUGUAAGGGACGCAUUGUGUGUUUCUGUGUAUUUGUGUAAGGGAUGCAUUGUGUGUUUCUUUGUUUGUGUAAGGGAUGCCUUGUAUGUUUGUGUGUUUGUAGUGUGUAAGUGAUGCAUUGUAUGUUUCCGUGUGUAUAGAGUGUAAGAAAUGACUUGUGUUUCUGUGUGUAGUAUGUUACGGGUGCAUUGUGUGUUUCUCUGUGUGUAAGGGAUGCAUUGUGUGUUUUGUGUGUGUGUACGUGUCAUGGAUGUAAUGUGUUUGUGUUUAAGGGAUGCAGUGUGUGUGUGUGUUUGUUAGGGAUGCAUUGUGUGUUGUGGUGUUUUUUCUGAUGCAUUGUGUGUGUGAGGGAUACUUUGUGUUUGUGAGAGGGAGGCUUAGAGGAAUGUAAGAUAUGGGUGUGUAGGAAUGAGAGCACUAGCCACCAGAGGUGAAGCCUUCUGCUUCCCACAUACUGUGCAAUUCAGCAAUGACCCAGGUAGACCCAAGUGUGUGUGUAAAGGGCUCUAGCCACUGUGGAUAUAGUGCCCAGGCUCACCUGGCUCUUAAAUGUGUAGAAGUGUUACACUUCUGAUGGCUACCCUGAUUGCCCUUUUACUCCUCUAACUGGAGUACCAUAAUGCCUCAAGUACUCUCCUGUUUCAAUAAAUACAGGGAGUGCAGAAUUAUUAGGCAAAUGAGUAUUUUGACCACAUCAUCCUCUUUAUGCAUGUUGUCUAACUCCAAGCUGUAUAGGCUUGAAAGCCUACUACCAAUUAAGCAUAUUAGGUGAUGUGCAUCACUGUAAUGAGAAGGGGUGUGGUCUAAUGACAUCAACAACCUAUAUCAGGUGUGCAUAAUUAUUAGGCAACUUCCUUUCCUUUGGCAAAAUGGGUAAAAAGAAGGACUUGACAGGCUCAGAAAAGUCAAAAAUAGUGAGAUAUCUUGCAGAGGGAUGCAGCACUCUUAAAAUUGCAAAGCUUCUGAAGCGUGAUCAUCGAACAAUCAAGCGUUUCAUUCAAAAUAGUCAACAGGGUCGCAAGAAGCGUGUGGAAAAACCAAGGCGCAAAAUAACUGCCCAUGAACUGAGAAAAGUCAAGCGUGCAGCUGCCACGAUGCCACUUGCCACCAGUUUGGCCAUAUUUCAGAGCUGCAACAUCACUGGAGUGCCCAAAAGCACAAGGUGUGCAAUACUCAGAGACAUGGCCAAGGUAAGAAAGGCUGAAAGACGACCACCACUGAACAAGACACACAAGCUGAAACGUCAAGACUGGGCCAAGAAAUAUCUCAAGACUGAUUUUUCUAAGGUUUUAUGCACUGAUGAAAUGAGAGUGAGUCUUGAUGGGCCAGAUGGAUGGGCCCGUGGCUGGAUUGGUAAAGGGCAGAGAGCUCCAGUCCGACUCAGACGCCAGCAAGGUGGAGGUGGAGUACUGGUUUGGGCUGGUAUCAUCAAAGAUGAGCUUGUGGGGCCUUUUCGGGUUGAGGAUGGAGUCAAGCUCAACUCCCAGUCCUACUGCCAGUUCCUGGAAGACACCUUCUUCAAGCAGUGGUACAGGAAGAAGUCUGCAUCCUUCAAGAAAAACAUGAUUUUCAUGCAGGACAAUGCUCCAUCACACGCGUCCAAGUACUCCACAGCGUGGCUGGCAAGAAAGGGUAUAAAAGAAGAAAAUCUAAUGACAUGGCCUCCUUGUUCACCUGAUCUGAACCCCAUUGAGAACCUGUGGUCCAUCAUCAAAUGUGAGAUUUACAAGGAGGGAAAACAGUACACCUCUCUGAACAGUGUCUGGGAGGCUGUGGUUGCUGCUGCACGCAAUGUUGAUGGUGAACAGAUCAAAACACUGACAGAAUCCAUGGAUGGCAGGCUUUUGAGUGUCCUUGCAAAGAAAGGUGGCUAUAUUGGUCACUGAUUUGUUUUUGUUUUGUUUUGAAUGUCAGAAAUGUAUAUUUGUGAAUGUUGAGAUGUUAUAUUGGUUUCACUGGUAAUAAUAAAUAAUUGAAAUGGGUAUAUAUUUGUUUUUUGUUAAGUUGCCUAAUAAUUAUGCACAGUAAUAGUCACCUGCACACACAGAUAUCCCCCUAACAUAGCUAUAACUAAAAACAAACUAAAAACUACUUCCAAAAAUAUUCAGCUUUGAUAUUAAUGAGUUUUUUGGGUUCAUUGAGAACAUGGUUGUUGUUCAAUAAUAAAAUUAAUCCUCAAAAAUACAACUUGCCUAAUAAUUCUGCACUCCCUGUAAAUCAAUAAAUACUGUAUGUAACAUCUUCUUACCUGUGUUUUACAUGGAUUAAAAAUACUUGAGUUUGUCUAUCAUUGUCAGUAAUUGUUAGUGGCAGAAAUACAGAAGGGCUCAACUAGUUACCUCAUGAAAAAAACAAGAAGCUUUUGAACCAUACAUAUCACAAAAAAAAAGUCUCUAAGCAAUAUCAAUUUAAAAAGGAUAAGCUGAUAACAUGAAAAAUACAUAUAUAUUAUACAGUCAGGGCCAGACUGGCCCACCGGGAUACCGGGAAAUUUCCCGGUGGGCCGUCGGCACCUGGGGCCGAGGAGGCAGCUGGCUCACCUGCGGCUGCAGAGGGAGCUCUUUUGGCGGCCGCAGGGGGAACUGGCUGUUCUGUCUCUGCUCCCCCUCCCCAUCGCGCCGCUUAAUGAGACCGGUGCUGGAAUAUGACGUCAUAUUCCGGCUUCGGUCUCUUUGUAGCGCGCUGGGGCGAGGGAGCAGAGACAGAACAGCUAGCUCCCCCUGCGGCCGCCAGAAGAGCCAGCUCCCCCAUGCCGCCGCCAGAAGAGUUCCCCAUUCAAGCACACAGGUAGCAAUUAUGUGUGUCAGUGUGAGUGUAUGUGUGUCUGUGUCAUGUGUGUGUGUGUGUCUGUCAUGGUGUGUCUGUAUGUGUCAUGGUGUGUGUGUGUGUCUGUGUCAUGGUGUGUGUGUCUGUGUCAUGGUGUGUGUGUGUGUCUGUGUCAUGGUGUGUGUGUGUGUCUGUGUCUGUAUGUGUCAUGCAAUGUGUGUCUGUAUCAUUGUGUGUGUCUGUCUGUGUCAUGGUGUGUGUCUCUGUCUGUCAUGGUGUGUGCGUCUGUCUGUGUCAUGCAAUGUGUGUCUGUGUUAUUGUGUGUGUGUCUGUGUCACGGUCUGUCUGUGUCAUGGUGUGUGUGUGCUUGUCGUGGUGUGUGUGUGUCUGUCUGUGUCAUGUAAUGAGUGUCUGUCUGUGUCAUGGUGUGUGUGUGUGUCUGUCACGAUCUCUCUGUGUCGUGGUGUGUAUGUCUGUGUGUCAUGGUGUGUGUGUCUGUUUGUGUCACGAUGUGUGUGUCUGUGUCACGGUCUGUCUGUGUUAUGGUGUGUGUGUCUGUCAUGGUAUGUGUGUGUGUCUGUCAUGGUAUGUGUGUGUCUCUGUCAUGGUGUGUGUGUGUCUGUGUCAUGGUAUGUCUGUCAUGAUGUGUCUGUGUUUCUGUCUGUGUCACGGUGUGUGUGUUUCUGUCUGUGUCACGGUAUGUGUGUGUGUCUGUGUCACGGUCUGUCUGUGUCAUGGUAUGUGUCUGUCAUAGUAUGUGUGUGUGUAUGUGUGUUUUUACUCACCUUUUUUUUUCCCCCACGUCGUGCUGAUCUCCCCUCGGCUGGCCCUGCCUCUACGGCUGAGAUCGUCAAGCUUGAUGAUCUCAGCCAAUCCGCACUGACACAGGAAGCACCUCUAGUGACCAUCUGAGUGUCUGUCACUAGGAAGCAAUGUAAACACUGCCUUUUCUCUAAAAAGUCAGUGUUUACAUUGAAAAGCCUGCAGAGACAGGCUAUAGACACCAGAGCCACUACAUUAAGCUGUGUGUGUGUGCACCUGCUAGUGAGUGGGCUUGCUUGUGUGUGUGUGUGUGUGUGCCUGCUACUGAGUGAGCUUGUGUUUUUAUGUCAAUGACCUUAUGUAUAUCAGUGAGAUUGUUUGUCUAUGAGGCUGUGUAUCAAUCAGCUUGUGUCAGUGAGAUUGUCUGUGUCUGCAUGUGAGUAUGCUUACUGUAUAAUUAAAAAUUUUACUCUGAAAAGACCAAUAUUAUAUAUUGGAAAAAGCAAUAUAUAUAUAUAUAUAUAUUUGUGUUCGGGGCAUUCUCAUAUGAUAUGGAAUACUCUGGUGGAGAGUAAUACAAUAAAAGGAAAAAGUCGGUUGAGGUGUGCCGAAAACCGACGUAUGCUGUAGGCCGGUAAAUAAAGUGGGCCCACAUGGAGGAAAGUAUAGCUAACGGGAGUGGAGGGUGGGGCUGUUCGUCUGGACCAACGUAGGUAAGUGAGGGAAGGGGGGAGUCCCCUUUUAAGUAGAUCUAUUGCCCCUCCCACAAAUUCAGGCCCUGCCUUCAAACUUGUGUUCGGGGCAUUCUCAUAUGAUAUGGAAUACUCUGGUGGAGAGUAAUACAAUAAAAGGAAAAAGUCGGUUGAGGUGUGCCGAAAACCGACGUAUGCUGUAGGCCGGUAAAUAAAGUGGGCAAAAGAUAAAGCAAGAUAAACAUUUAUUCGGUAACAUAAAUACAAAGGAAAUACAAAUACAUUAUUAAGUAGACAUAUUAAUGAAAGCCCUCCUAAGCUCUUGGACUGGGUGCGGGAUGUAGGUAGCGUAAGCUGAGGACUUCCAUCGACCCAAUGUCUUAAUGACAUGCACGGGAACAUUUUGGCUAGAGGCUGUGGAGGCCGCACCAAUUCUGAAGGAGUGCCCCGAGUAGCUACUAGGGUUCAGACCAAGCCUGGUGAUAAGCAUUCGAACGUAAAGCAUGAAUUUUGACGUGGUGAGAAUGGUAUCGUGCAGCAUUAGUAGAGGCCUUGUGGGCUGUGUUUGUUUCGUGGUUAAAAAGACGUCUAGUGCUUUUACUGGGCACCAAUUGUUACCCGUGGGGUAGUAGUUAAUGUGAACUGGUUCCCCCCUCUGACUUGUCUUAGUCUUAGGUAGAGACAGGACGUAGUAGUCUGUGUGUUUCGUGAGAUGUGACGUGAGGAGGCACCCUUGGUUGUGCAGUUGGCCACUAAUGGUGAAUUCUCGUGGUCUAAGAAAUCCGUAAAAGGCCAGAUACAUGGCGGCUUUAAUAACCGUGUUUGUAUUGGGUUCAAAAGGUGCUUGGUCGAGUAGAUUGGACAGGGAUUUGAACAUUCCUAUGUCAAUAGCCAAUCUUUUGGGCGUAGAUGGACCGUCUGCCUUUGCUAUACCCUUCAGUAGCGUGCGGAUGGGGUAUGAGGUUAAGAACCCUUUGUGGUUAGGGAGUGAGUAGUACAUGUGGUGUUGUAUCCCCGUGAGGUAAAGCUUAAUGGUGUUAUGUGUGAAUUUUAACUUAAGGUGGCAAAAGGAUGCAAAAGCCAUUAGUGAUGAUACUUCGAACCAGUUGGUUAGGUGAUGGUCAGUCAUGAAUCGUUUAUAUAGGUGAAAUGCUCUGUUAUAUGAGUGUUGAGUGCUAGUGGACAAAGCUAAUUUUGUGAGAGUGAGGCUGUGAUGAAGUAGUUCAUCUAUUCCAUGACAAGGUCUUGGAAGGUUGGCGCUGGGGUUGCCAUACGAGCUGCCGAGGGUAGGGACCGUCUGAAAGCCUGAAAUUGAAAGCGAGAUAGCUGGUCAGCUGCCGUAUUGUAUAUGCCGGGAACAUGGGAGCAUACAAUGUGGAAGUGAUGGGUGGCUGCCAGCCAAGUCAGUUUCCUAAUGAAAUUCAUAAUUAUCAAGGAGGAAGAGCGGCCUUUGUUGAUAAUGUGGCAUAUUGCCAUGUUGUCAGAGAAACAGCGUACUGACUGACCUUCCCACAACCUACACCAAGUGACAGCUGCGGCAACUAUUGGGUAUACCUCAAAAGGGCAGAGUUAGUGUGAAACCCCUCGAUGCCCUGUGUUUCUGUUGGCCACGUCCCCCAGAGCCAAUUUGUGCCAAAAAUGGCCGCAUAUCCCGCGGAUGAUGCUGCAUCUGUCCAAAUGACAGGUGACUGAGAAUCCAGCUGUGGAAGGAACAUGCUUCUACCAUUCCAGUCAGAGAGGAAUCUGUACCACAUCUGAAGGUCGGCAGUCGCAGGGCCGUUCAAAGAUAUGCGGGCAUAGUCGUUGGUGAAGGUGGGGAACAGGGCAAGGAGCCUGGAAAUGAAAGCCCUGCCCUGGGGGAUUAUGCGCAUGGCGAAAUUUAGUGAACCCAACAGAGAUUGUAGUUCUUUACGGUUGCAUGAGCCCCUGUGCAUGUAGUGGUUAAUGUCGUGUAGGAUGUUAUCAAUCUUAGUUCUAGGGAGGCUGGCCAUCAUAGCUGCUGAAUCGAGCAAAAUACCUAGAAAGUUGAUGACUGUGUCUGGACCUUCUGUCUUGGUGGGUGAUACGGGGACGCCGAGUGCGGUGAAUAGUUCGACAGCUUUGUGUAGGCUACACGGGGGGUUGGUGUUGGCUUCGAUGAACAGAAAAUCGUCCAGAUAGUGUAUCACAUUUUGGCACCUACUGGUAUUAAGGAGGAGCCAACACAAAGCCUCAGCGAAUGUGUCAAAGAUCCUUGGACUACUCUUGGCUCCAAAAGUGAGUUUUGUAAAAAAGUAGUAGGCUUCUUGCCACUUAACUCCGUGUAGGUGCCAUAACGAGGGGUGUAUAGGUAACAGUUUAAAAGCAUUGACUAUAUCCGUCUUGCUGAGCCAGGCCCCCACCCCCGCUGACCUGAUAGCUGCAAUAGCGUGGUCAAUAGUGAAGUACUGUAAGGAAAAUUCUUCUGAAGGAAUCAAUGAGUUUAGGCUGGGGAUGGCUGAAGAGUGGGGAGCGGAUAGGUCAAUGAUGAGCCUUUGUUUGUCUGAAUUUUUACUUGCGACCAGUCCGAUAGGGAUAGUUCUCCAGCUGGAAAAGGGGGGAUUACCAAAAGGACCGAUGACAAAUCCCUGGUCCACUUCCAGCUGUAGCAAGUUAGUAACUGCGGUAGGGUUAUUAGAGGCUGACUGCAAAUUGUGACAUUCUAACACUCCUGUUGGCAUGUAAAUGAGCCCCGUGUGAAAUCCGUGGGUGAGACCAGUGCAUAAAAAUUCCACCAGGUGUUUAGAGGGGUGAGUGGACAGCAUGUGUUCAAGUACAGGAACGUUCACUGGAGACAAAUAAGGUUUCUGGAACAUUUUAUUUGUGCACAUGGAUCUCGCAUGUGCCCGAAAACAGUGUGAGCAUACAUGUAAUAAGCGGCAAGCGCUGUAACCACAGGAGCCUUCAUUGAAGUUAUUGCAAAUUUGUGAUUUGCCUAGGUACACAACCGGACGACCCAAUUUGUCUCUGGUCUGUUUCUCAGUUUUAAGGGGGUGCUGUAGGGACGUGCUGGGAGCGUUGUCCGGGCAGAGGGGGCACAAAUAAGCUGUGUGAGCGGGUGACGUACAUAUGGCACAAGCUGGUGUCCUGAGCCCCGCAAAGUGUCUGAGGAACAAUUCAUUGUCCAGUUGGCUCCAAUCCAUCUGGAUGCCAUACUGGGACAAUGUGGCUGACACUUUAGAUGAAAAAGACUUGUGAUAGUCAUAAAAAGUGUAACCACCAUAUUUGUUACCCAGGUCCACCAGUUUAUGCAUAUAUAAGUCCAGUUCCUCUCUCCUGUGUGGAUGAACUGAGCACAGGAUGUCCCUAUAGAUACCAAAAGACAGGACAAAAUCGGGAAUGGUCAAUUUCUUACUGAGUCUGGGGUCUCUGGCUUUUAAAACAACAGAGAUAUCCCCGUAGUCGUAAGAGCGGUUUUCCACUACAUCCUGGGAGGCAAUGAGCAAGGAGACCAAGUUUACGUCCUUGCCCUCCAGGAUGUCUUUUUUAAGAUUGGCCGGAACCAUGUGGGCAGGGUUAAUAACGUGUGCCGCUGUCUUGUUAGGUAUAGGAUUACCCGCUGUUGCUGUGGAUAUGACCGGGGCUGUACCAGCGAGAGGCACAGGUGGCUCUAUGGCGGAGCUGCGUGCCUCCAGCCUUUCCAGUCUGUCGUUGACCUUCCCCAUAGAAGAGAUUAGGGAGGCAACCAUAGCAUGGAGAGUCGGGUCUUGGGAGUUACUAGUGCCUUCCCCGGCGUCUGUCAUAAGGGUGUUUGUUUUAAGCAGUUUAAACAGUUCUGCUUUCCUGGCCGUGGCCGGGAAAGGGAUACUGCGUUUGCGCAAUUCCGCCGUGAUGCGAGGGAUAGUCCACGAUCUGAUGGACGAGGGACUUCCUAUGUCGUCCUUACGUGUCGGGGUAAGUGACCUAGCCGGGGUGCUAGGGACUGACAUGUCGUCGCCAUCGUCUGGGAGCAGGGACAUACUGAAAGUAAUAACAGGCAUAGUUGGAGGCUCGUUGGAAUAGCCGGUAGCUAGUUAGUGCCAGAUGGCGAAAAACUUAACUCUAGGUUUUGUGGCAGGUGAGGCCCUACUAGUGCCAAGUGGCUAGAGAGGCUCUAUCUAUGAGUUGGCGCGAGGGGUAUGGUAGCCUGCCCAGUGAACCGGGAUGUUUGCCUCUCCAAGGGUAAGUAUGGAGGAAGAAAAAGGGGGGGAGGGGGAGAGGGGGGUUUGGUAGUGACAGGUGUCGCCCUCUCUGUAUAAUUGCGAGGCGGCUAACUAUGAUUUGGCCCGAGGGGCGUAAAGUACCUCGAAGUGGAGGAUGGGAGUUGGCCUCGCGGACCUCUAUGAUUAAGGGGCAGGGAAUUAACUAACGUGGCGUUGUAGAAAAAGAGGCGUGUAACCGACAUACCUGCAGAAAAUUGAGCACUGGUUCUGUAAGAGAAUUCAGGUGUCUCUUGAGUAGGGGGGUGGUUAGUUUAGGUGACCCGUCCGAGGUAUGCGGAUUCCUGGGGGUAUGAGAAUUAAGAUAAUGAACCCUUAAGUGGAACAUAUAUAAAUAUGGCAUAGUAAGAGUCCUGGGGGGGGGGGUUGCCGCGUAUUACCAUCCCCACCCCCCCCAAUGUAUAUGAUGUUAGUUAAGAUUUAACGUUACCAAUACUUGCAGAACAUUCUUACCAUAUAUUAACCAGCAAUAAGUAAACAUGUAUGCAUGUAUCACAUUUUAACCAGCAAGUCAUACCUUAUAUAUAUAAUAACAAAGAAAAAUAAAUUGUGUAAGGUUACUACAAACCAGCAUCUUAUUUAGCAGUAUAAGUGUAAAACACAGCUGUAUAUGUAUAACAGUACUUAAAAAAAAAAUAAUUGCUGUUAAUUAGACAUAGAUAACCAUUGUAACCAAAAUGACCAAAGGUAUAUGCAUAAUAAAUGGUGGAGGCUGGCUGAACUAAGGGUCAACCAGCAGCAAAGAAUGACCCCCUUUAAGCAAGGUACACCCCCCCCCCACCCCCUUCCCAAGUGUGUAGUUGGUGGGAAACAGAGUCCCCUAACGUUAUAGGGGUCUGGUUGUGGCUUGUGAGUGCCCUACCACAUCCCCCUUCCACCCCCCCCCCUCCGCUCCCCUUCCCUGCGAAAAAGAUGCCUCCCUGGUGGCCGAAAACAGAGACUCCUAGGUAGUAAUGGAGUCUCUGUUCUGUGUGUGGGAGCUCCUCUUACCGCCCGGACCAGUUGGUAGGCGAGGAGGGUAGCCGAGACCUCCGUUCGGGAGCCGGUGAAGCCGCCGGAAGUUGGCGCGUGACGUCAGAAGAGGGCGCCGCGUCUCACCGGAAAUGACGAUUUCGACCCGGAAGUCGGGAGCGACGGAGGCCUGCGAGACAAGGCUGUUCGUCUGGACCAACGUAGGUAAGUGAGGGAAGGGGGGAGUCCCCUUUUAAGUAGAUCUAUUGCCCCUCCCACAAAUUCAGGCCCUGCCUUCAAACAUAUAUAUAUAUACAUCUCAAUCAUCUAGGGUGGCAAGACAUAGCCUUACAUAUUACAUGCGACAAUAUAUGGCGCAAUGACUUAUGGGGCUGGCAUAGAUUUUUUUUUUCCAGGGCUGCUUUGGAAUCCCCAGUCCGGCCCUGUAUACAGUACACUACACUACGCUUUAACCCCUAUACCACAUUAUCACUCUAUACUACUCUAACACUAUCCUUCACCCCUUAAACUACAUUUACACAACAACAUGAACCCUAACCAUAAAAUAUAAUGUAAUAAAAUGAUACAUAAUGGUAAAGCAUUUAUUAAGAGAAAAUAAUGUCAUCAUGGAGUUUUGGAUACAUUUAUAAACCUCAAGACUGAAUGUCUUGCUGUUUAUUAUGAUGUCUUCAGAACCUUUGAUAUAAUAUUUCCCAUAAUACAUGGUUUACGGUUAGAAUUUGGGAAUAUUACUACUGUAUAUUGGAAUAAUCAGGAUUUCAAAAAUUAACAGCAAAAUAAUGAAAUUGUGUCUAUAUAUGGUUAAAAACUACAAUGAAUGUCACGUAUAACAUGUUAAACUUUUUCAUGCGUCAUGGAGUGUCGGGAGGCGUGCCGCAUUCACUCACCGGGCCCAACCUUGACUGAAACUCCACGUGGGUUACGGCAUCUCGGGAGUGAGAGUCAUGCUGUUCCUGCUCCUUGAUUGCCAGCGAGGUCUGCUCAGCUGGUGACCAAGUGUAAGUGUAAGGUAGACCUGCCUUGCUCUUCGCAUGCAAUGGGAGGUGUGCCAUGUUUGUCCUCAAGGGAGCACUUAGCGUAGAGCCUUGCCUGCUGUUCCCCACACUACUUUAGGAUUCCUAGAGGGUGUCAGAACCAUGGGAACCCCAACUCAGUCCAUAAGGGAAGGGAGCAGCGUAUGGAACAGCAGGAUGAGGUGGAAAUCCAAUAUAGCAUCCCGCUAUAAGUGGGGCAUGGAUGUCUACUCUUUAAGGGAGACCAUCCACUUAUAUAGGCCCCUAGACCCCUCCUCAUGGAAGGUUUUUCCCUUUCUCCCUCCUAUUUAAGAACCGUCCACCCUAGGUUCAUUGCUCAGAUGUCUACAAAAAACAGUAACCAGACAAGGUAACUUCAUCCUGACACUAAGCUCUUCUGUACUCAUGUUCGGCCGAGACACGCCUCAUUUUACUCUGUCCCUUCUCCUACCGUGGGGUGAACAGAGGAUUGAACUAUUUGCUAUGGUGGACUCUGGUGCUAGUGGGUGUUUUAUUAACAUUACUUCAUUACUUUAGCCGAAUCUUGUCUAUACCCUUACGUAAUAAAGUUAAACCUAUGCAUAUUCAAAUGACUGAUGACAGUCUUUUAAAGUCUGGUCAUGCGAUAAAAGAGACUAUUCCUCUAACAGUAUCAUUUAGAAAAAGACAUACCAAAAUAUUGUGUUUUGAUUUGGUUCCCUCUCAUUUCUGUCCUGUGAUCCUUGGUUUUUCCCUGGCUUCAUCUCCAUGACUCAUUAAUUCAAUGUGUCCUUCUCAUCUAACUAUUGCCUAAGAAACUGUUUAAAAAAUAAAGACUCCUUAGGUACUCCUAAUACUAUUCUUGAUAUCAACAUGCAGCAUGAUAAGAAUCAUACAUAGAUGUAUUUGAUUAAAAGGCAGAAGAUGUACUACCUCCCAGACGCCUUUAUGACUGCCCAUAAUUUUUGCAGAGAAGUCAUGUGUGUUGGGGGUGUAGCUAGUCCCUGGUAUAAAAGUGCAAAUAUCUCAUUACAGUGUACAGUGCUUCAAGCAUAAACCAGUUUGGUUCUGGCAAAGCCUAGACAAGUUCAGUUUUGGCAAAGCCAAGGUAAACAGUGAUUUGAAAGGGGGAGAAACAGAAACAUUAAGGAAUGUUUCUCCAAGUUUCUUAAAAAUUAUGGUUACAUUUCGCCAUUCUUUACAUCUUAUUUAUUACAGCGAUCUAAAAAGGUGAUGGUGUUCUUCAUAGUAAAUUCCAUCAGUUUUUGUAAAAGUUUUCAUUUCAGAAAAUGUUAAAGUUCACAAUGGCUGGAAAAAGAGAAGUGAUAUGGAACAUAUUCUAUAUUCAAAAAGGGUUCAAAAUCCUUGCCUGGAAAUUAUAGACCUGUGCUGGAAAAGUAUUUGAAAGGUUAUUAAGGGAUAAUAUUCAGGAAUUCAUUGAGAAGACUGUGGUUAUCAGCAAAAAUCAUCAUGGUUUUAUGAAACAUAGAUCAUCUCAAACUAACUUAAUUUCCUUCUGCGAAGAAGUAAAAAUCAGGAUGUUGUAGUAGAUGUAAUCUACUUGGAUUUUGCAAAGGUGUUUGAUAUGGUUAGUGUUCAAACUCAAAGAAAUUGGUCUAGAUGAAAAUUCCUGUUCCUGGGUAGAACAUUGACUUAAAAACUAGAGUAAAGAGAUUUGUCAAUAAUGGUAAAUGUUCAAGCUGGACAAAAGUGGUAAGUGGUGUCCCUCAGGGUUCUGUUCUGGGGCCACUUCUGUUUAACAUAUUUAUAAAUGAUCUUGAAAUAAGCAUUGAAAGUCAUGCUUCAGUGUUUGCAGAUGACACAAAACUCUGUAAUAAGUAAUACGAUAUGAGUAAUAUAUAUUACUUUGCUGCAGAGGUAUUUAGAUAGACUGGGGUACUGAGCACUCAAAUGGCAGAUGACAUUUAAUGUAGUAAAAUGAAAAGUUAUGCACUUUAGGGAAAAGAAUGCACAAGCAAGUUAUACCCUUAGUGUUAGUGAAUUUGGGAUAGCAACACAUGAAAAGGAUUUGGGACUUGUUAUAGACAACAAACUAUGCAACAAUGUGCAAUGUCAAUCAGCAGUGGCUAAGGCCAGUAAGAUAUUGUCAUGUAUAAAAAGGGGCGUUAAUUCUCAGAAUGAGAAUAUAAUUGUGUAUCUUUAUAAAUCAAUGGACCACAUCUUGAAUAUACUGUGCAAUUUUGGGCACCUGUUCUAAAGACGGAUAUUAAGGCAAUGGGAAGGUGCAGAGGCUGGCUACAAAAUUAAUAAAAGGAAUGGAACAUUUUAGCUAUAAAGAAACGUUAACAAAUUUAAUAUGAUGAUAUUAUACAAAUAUAGCAAGGCCAAUUCAAACCAUUGUCUGGAAAUCUAUUCACAAACAAGACUUAACAUAGGGCACAGGGUCAUGCAUUUAGACUGGAAGAAAGGAGAUUUAGUCUAAGGCAAAGGAAAUGUUUUUUUUUAACAAUAAGAACAAUUAGGAUGUGGAACUCUCUACCUGAAGAAGUGGUUUUAUCAGAGUCUGUACAGAUGUUUAAACAGCAGCUAGGUGCAUAUUAGCAAAAAAACACAAUAUUCAAGGAUAUCAUUUUACAAUUGUAGAGUAGAGAUGUCGCGAACUGUCUGCCGAACUGUUCGCGAACUGUCGCCAGCGAACAAUAGCAUGUUCGCGUUGGUCGAACAUAUCCGAUUUCCGGUCCGCCCCCUAUACGUCAUCAUUGAGUAAACUUUGACCCGGAACCUCACAGUCAGCAGACACUUCCUGGGAGGGAGGGUCUGCUGCUGAUUGGGUGGAAUGUGUCUGCUGGCUGUGAGGUUCUGGGUCAUAGUUUACUCAAUGAUGACGUAUAGGGGGCGGACCGGAAAUCGGAUAUGUUCGCCCAACGCGAACACGCUAUUGUUCGCCGGCGGACAGUUCGCGAACAGUUUGGCGGACAGUUCGCGACAUCUCUAUUGUAGAGUAAUUGUUUCUUGAUCCAAGGACGAAUUUGACUGCAAUUCUGGGGUCGAGAAUUUUUUCCUAGUUUGUUGCAAAAUUUGAAUUUUUUCAAACUGGGUUUUUUACCUUCUUUUGGCUCAACAGCAAAACAGCAAAAAACAGAUGUGAGGAAGGUUGAACUUGAUGGACACAUGUCUCUUUUCAUAUAUAUAGUUCUGCCUGAAGAAGUGGUGAAAAAAGCAUAACAUUGCAUAGUAAAAAAAAAAAAAAUACAAAUAUUAAAAAACAGAUAGCAUUUAAUAGAUCUAAUAAAUUGCUUUUAAAAAAAUCAACGAAACUUUGUUACAUCUCCCCUAUUAUAUCUGUUUCUCCACAUUAUUGUGCUGUGUUUUGAGAUAGAGAAGUUGAACGCUUAUAACAAUGAAUGACAGGGAAGCAGGUUUGAGGAACUCAGAUCCAGGAGAGACCUAAAUAUAAGAAUGUGGAUUUCUACAUUUUGCUUUUUGGACCUCACAGUUAUAUUUGCUAAGUAUACGAGCUAAACAAACUAAAAAUCCUGGGAAGAGAUGUCUUCUCUUUAACACCUAAUUUUGUGUCUUUUUUUCCCCCAGAACGACAGCAACAUAGCCGAACCGAACAUCAAACCAAAGAGGAGUUUUUAUGCAGCAAGAGAUCUUUACAAAUAUCGACACCAAUACCCAGUAAGAAAACAUUGUGACACUCUAUUUCAGUGGCUUCAUGUUCCCUAUACAAUGUUAGCAUGAAAUAAAAAGUCUGCUUUGUAGUGUCAUCGUUUAUGUUGGUGGCAAUGAUGGAUAAUCUGUGCGAAUCUGAAUUAAUAGUAUUAGUAAGCACUUUGCAGUCACUCUUACUAUAGCAAGUUCCAAUAUCUGUGGGUUUUUUUAUUUUCAAAGAAUAUUGAGCAAUGUAGUAGCCGUAUAAACACAACCACUCACUCUGAUAAUUGGAAGAAUGUGAAUAAGAGAAUUAUAUUGUUGAUAUUCCACUUAUUGCAUGACUCAUGUGAACAUGAUGACAUUUUCAUUGCUGUCUCUUAUUUACUGUCCUGUGGUUUCACAUGCCAUUGCCAAUUAUCGUGUCACAAACAAAUGGCGUUGGCUUGAAGACGCAGCAACAGUACCUUUUAAUGAUUGCAGUGUUGUGUUACUUUAUAUGAAAUCUGGUUUGAAAUGGCUUGACGUUUAAAUAAGCAUCUUUUGUGCUCUAGAAGCUCAGCUGUCAUUUUGUAUUAAUAAUGUAAACUAAACCUGCUGCAAUGUUGGCAUAAUCUUUUGCUUACCUGCAAUAACCUUACAAAAAUACAUUAAAAUUGUAGUUUAACUUUUCAAGUGCUAAAAGAUUUAGCAAUACAUUACAAUUUAAUACUACUAUUUUCUAGUUUAUGGUUUACAUUUGUGAAACCUUUCUUAGAGAUCUACAAUACCUCCAAGUUUUUAUAAUUUGUUUGAAUUAUAACGUAGUAACAAUAUGAAAUAUUUCUUUCUAUGUAUGACUUAACCCGCCCUGACUAUUGAAGGGUGAAUUUAAGGUCUACUUUAUCCAUUUCAUAGCACUGCACUAUUUGCACCUGGUGUUUUAGGGGUUAGCAACUUAAACACCUGGUUUUGUGUGGUUUUUAAAUUAUUUCCUUUAGUGGGUGAUUUUGGAGCACCCACACAGUGUUUCAGCUGCUACACUAAAUAUACUGUAAUACAUUACGAUAGAAGCGCCUAUAUUUCACACAUUUGUUUCUAUAUAUAACAAUACGAGUCUGAAAAUGAAACAAACAUGACACAUAGGUACGUACCAUGCAAGUGAUGAUGAUGAUGGUCCUGCUAAAAUGAGUACAUAAUACAGAUUAAGGAACAGCACACACAUAAAAAUACAGUUUUUCAUUCUAUAAGGCUACUUAAAAUCACGUAUCUAAGCAAACAAAUAUGGGGAUUCAGUUUUACCAUAUCGCCACGACUUCACGGUACCCAAAUAUUGGUGGGUCCUAUACUAAUUCCAAUGUGGGAGACAAAUUAAAUAGUGCUAAAUAAGCUAAAGCCAAAGCCAUGUGAUAAAAACACAAUAAAAAAAAUGCAAUGUCAAAACUGAACAAUUAAAGUGAUACUGCUCAUAUUUCAUAAGAUAGGAAGGUCGCAGAGACAAAAUUAGCUAGCAAAUAGUCACACGAUGUACAGUUUCUCAAAAUAAGUGCUCCGGUGGGGGCUAGAAUACACAGAGAAAGCAACUUAUGCUGACACGUAUACAGAAUUUUACAGAUAAAAAGUUCAUUACAUAUAAAGAGCAUCAGAUGUAGGCCUUUAAUUACGCUGAACAUUGGAAUCAAGAUAUAUUCCCUCACACCUCCAAAGGGGCCUUUUAAGCUGGCUGGGGUGCUCAACUCAAAAUGGAUCUGGUCUGGAUUUCAAACUUACAUAGUGAAAACAAAAUGGAUGAAUUAUUUACUCACCAGGGCUACAUUUUCACUUGCUGACAGCUCGUGGUGAGUAGAAAUUUUGAGCCCUGUAAAUAACUAUAUAUAUAUAUAUUAUGCAUUAUCUGUAUAUCUCAAGUUGGUCUUUGAGAGGACAUAAUUCAGUUAAUAACCCAGAUACAUAACAUGUAUUAUACGACACACACAAUUUACACUAACACAUAGCAAAUGCAGAGGGAACAUUUAAAGGGAAAUUAUUUUGUUUUAUUUUGCAUGUGGUAUACGCUGUUAAAACACUAAUUUUCAUUAAAUGAGCCAUCUAUAUAAUAAAAACUGUAAAUUAAAAUGGCUUUGGCUUUAGCAUUGCUAAAGUGCUCUAUAUACCAGUCAUUUAUCCAAAAAGCAAUGUGUUGCAAUUUUUUUAUAUUUAAAUGUAGGGCACUAAACUGUUACAUAUUAAAUAAACUAUAAAUACACAAAAUUUGGCCGUGCACUCAAACUCCCGCUACUCCUGGCCACAGUAUACAUCAGCCCAAAUAUGUAGAACAAAAAACUAAAACAAAAGCUACCUGCACACUAUCCCAAAAAGCUCUCCAGUUAUUUAAAUCUGCAUAGGGAUUUGGGAUAGUUCACAGAGAACUUUUUUUUUUUUAAAUUAAAUAAACUAUGCCUAGAGUUAAAGAGGAACCAUCAUGACUUACAUGACUGGAUAAACUCUCUUAUAAGUUGGAUUGUUGGGUUAACCUUUCUCAUGUGACGUUUCAUUUUAUUUAAAAUAUAUAUUAAAGAAAUAGCAAUUAAUAAUUUCACAAUCCAUUUCAGUCCAAGCCCAACAUUGUUUUUCUUUCUCCUCUUCGAAUAUGUUCAAUGGUAGAAAAAUGUAACAUUUCUAAUGAUUAUUGACAGGGAGUCAAAAUGGAGGCACCCUGUUUCAGGAUAGAUUUAAAUACAGCAGGGUGGAUAACUGCAUGCAAUUUUAUUUUUUGCACCUCACAUUUGCCAAAUAGAAGUGAACAUACGAUUAAAAAAUACCGGGUCGGUCUAUUUUUAUAUUUUCAUUUUUCUCAGAAAAUAUUUAAAUAUGAUAAAAUAAGAGAAAAAUGUAAAAAUAUGUCCAGACGCUGUAACUCCUAGUCUGUUGAGUUUUGUAAAGCUUUUGUCUUCAAGAUGGCUUAAUGAGAUGGUUUUAACCAGAGGGAAACACUAGUUACUUGCAUGUAAUAUAUUGAAAAUGGCAUGUCAAUGAUGCAAGGGACAAGUGUAUUUUGUUUCUUGCUAAAAUGAAUUUAGUUAAUUACAAGUGCAUAUCCAGAUUUCAUAACUAAAUCUCAGCAUUGACCCUAAAUCUCAGCAUUGACCCCUUAAAUAAGAAACACGAAGCUUUGCUUUGCUUCCAGUGUAGCACUGGACUUCAAUAUCCAAGCUUCUCCCCCAAACGCUAUGGAACUAAUUGAUCAUUCUUAGACCUAUUUUGUUCAAAACUGAUUGAUCUAAAAAUUUACGUGUUCCUGAAAUGCCUUUAUUUUUUUUGUAAAUUCAAUAAAAACUAUUUACAGAAAAUUGGCUAUUGUAAAAAGAAGAUAUCCUGUAGCUUACAUUUAAUAAAUGUCCUACAUAAAGGUGUCAAUUGCAGAAAGGUUGAAAGAAGUUUCAUAUCUUAAGCACACAUUUUGUAUGUUUGUUCAUUUUUAUGUAGAUAAAUAUAAUGGGAACUAUUUUUUCCAGCAGAAUUUCAAAGAUAUUCGUUCUCAAAAUGAUCUGUGCAAUCUCAGAUUUUACAUGAACAAGAUCCCUUUUAAGCCUGAUGGUAUGUUUUUUAUUGCUAUUAUAUACCUAGGUUAAACUUAUUUUGUAUUUAUGUUUAUUGUUAAAAAGCAUUGAUGGAAAAGUAUUUGGCUACAGAUUCAAUUAAUCUAACUUUAAUUAAGAUUUUGCCUGCCUAACCAAGGAUUAUCUAAAAUUGCAUUAAAGGCAUACUAUAGGCAUUGAAACAGUUAUAGUCUUUAAACUAAGCUCCUGCAGUCUCACUGACAAAUUCUCAGCCAUCUAGGAGUUAAAUCGCUUUUGUUUCUGUUUAUGCAGACUGACACAGUCUGCAUGAAAACAAAAUUGUUUCAUUUUUAAUCAGAGGUUAAGUUGCUUUAGAAGUUUUUAUCUCCUGCUCUGUAAAUUAAACUUUAAUCACAUACAGGGUCUAGGAGGCUAUUAGAAGAGCAGGAGAUAAGACAUUUUAGAUUAAGUAGACUGUGCAGUACAUGACCUAGAAUAUCUAAGUUCAUUUACAGAAAGUGUUUGGGAAUGCUGUGUAAGUCACAUGCAGGGAGGUGUGAAUAGAGUUGUAAAAACAAUUGGAUUUAAUACCCAGAGAAUUGAGCAUUGAAACUGCAGGGGCAUGCUCUAUGCGCCAUAACAGCUUCAUUAAGCUAAGGUUGUUUUUGAUGCCUAUAGUAUGCAUUUAAGUGUAUACAAUGUAAAAAAAAAAUAAAACAAUUUAAACUCUGUUAUCAUAAUUGGAUAGAUCAAGAGAAAAACUGGGUUUCUUGUGCCUUCAUGUGAUUUUGCAAAGGUCAGUACGAUAUAACUUUAAUAGAACUGGACCAGCUAGCACCAAGUACAAAAAGAAACAAAAAACAGUACCCUCCACUAAAUCCAAAAUAUACAGAGAGUAUUGAAACAGCUCAUGUAAUUAAUGAAAAAAUAAAUGAUAAACAAACUGCAUACAUGGAAGAAAGCAAACAGCAAGAGGUCACUUGAUUCAUUUCAUGCUCAAAGACACCUGAUGAGCAAGAAACACGUCAAGUGACCUCUGGCUGUUUGCUUUCUCCUGUUUGUGAGCUUUGUUAUCAUUUAUUAAGAGCUGAUAGAAUAUUCACCUUCUUGGUAUUAUUGGAGUGCACUCUAUUCUAUUUAAUUUUUUUUUGUAAUUGGUUGUGGAUUGAAUGAGUCCACUAAGGCCACCUGCACACUGAUCCUUCUUCAGGACUAAAUAAAUGAAAAUGUACCUUCCGUCUCAAGGUCUUGCCAGUUAGUUCAUCCUUCAUGUUAUUUUAUCUUUAAGAAAUACUCAUUAAAGGAAUACUCAAAAGUUAAAAAUGAUAUUGGAGAGAGUUCCCUCACUACAAUAAAUGACAGGACCACCCCCAACACAUGAAAAAAAUGACCUCACCCUUUUCUCCAACGGCAAAUUCUGUCUUGCCUCUAUCCCAGACUGCUCCAGGGAGAUACACAGUGAUAGCAGGCUUCACUUCCUCUUCAGACAAAGUUGGUGCAUGCCAACAGUUGAUUGUUAAUUGGUCCUGUAGAGCUUGGGACAACUAAAACUUAAAUACCACUUGAAAUAUCAGUGUUCCUUAAGGAGUAAUAUGGAGAGUGCCAGUGAGAUCACAUAUAUAUUUUAAAGCGUUAUGCUUUAGGUAUUUCACAACAGUCAUCCCAUCUCAAACAGUGUCAUUAGGUGUGAUCACAGAUAUAUCACUCUUUGGCAUUUUUUUUGCAGGUGUUUAUGUUGAAGACAUUUUAAAUAACUGGAAAACAGACUAUGAAAGACUUGAACAUAAUCAUACCUAUAUACAGUGGUAAGUACAUGGAUAUCAAUCAGCAAAAAAAUCUAAUCAAAAUUAAAAUAUGUUAUAUGUCGAUUAGUCAAAAUAAAUGCAGUACCAGUAUAUAGAAAACACAUCUUUAUUAUUUGGAAUUUAACAAAAAAUAUAACCGGACACAAAAAGGGUUUAAAAAAAAUUGAAUUAUUUUACCUUUUUUUUUCACCCAUAUACAACGUAUCAUGAAAUCUAAAAUAAUAUUAUUUUAUCUUUUUUACAGGCUAUUCCCCCUGAGAGAACAAGGGUUAAAUUUUUAUGCUAAAGAACUGACCUCAUAUGAAAUUGAGGUAAUAAACAAUUAUUAGGAAAUCAAAUUGUCCUGAUAUGCAGCAAAUUCAUUAUUAAAUCUGAUAAAGAUUUCACCUAUACACCUUCUCACUAACAUACUGCCUGCAAACAUUCCAGCUUAAAAGCAAUUUGUUUCUUCCUGUUCUAUGAAUAUUCUUUGUUCCCUGGAAAGGAAAUUUAAUUGUUUGAAAGAACAGUGCCAUUUAUGUCUGUGCCUCAGCUUUGAGGGCCGCUGCUUCUUCUAAUGGCUUACUGUGAAGCUGUGCAGGGAAAUAUCUUUGAUGUUCUUAAUAGCUUUAGAAAUUCCCAAGUGACACCUAUUAAUGCAUCAAGAAGCACAGAAAUAUUAUUACACAAACAAAUGCUAUUGCAAGGCUCACAUUUAAUUUCACAAGUGUGCAUAUUUUAAUAAGUGUUCUCGUUUCUUUUUUAUAAACUAAAUGAAAGUCACAUAAUGGCAAUAUGCAUUAGAAAAUACUCCAUCAAUCAGUAAGCACUGGUUUUCAGUUGAUUACUCCCCUGGGGAAAAAAAAGUAAUCUCUACAGAUUAAUAAACAUUAAGCCCGUAUAUUAUAAUGUCUUAGCUCCAAACAGUCUUAUAUGAAUAGGCCUGCAACAUUUUACUUAGUGAUGGUCAAUUUUGUUUUGAUUAUCACUGCAGGUAGCUGCAUUGUUUAGAACGAGAUUAACAUAUUUUGUCUACACUAAAAACUUUCUUAACUGUAAUAUUAUAAACACAUUUAGACACACAAGUUUUAGAGCUGUGAAGCUUUGUGAUACCCUUAUCAUAUGUAUCACACAUUGCUGUGAUUUUCUUUAAAUGCCAUGGGGCUCUGUGAUACACAUGUAUAUUCCUAGUAAUGAAGGAGGAAGGUACGCAUAAACAGAAAGGUUUGUGUCCAACAGAGAGAAUGUUUGAUUGUAUGUUGCAGCUUAGUGUACAUUUUCUGUCUGUGUGUACAUUUUCUAUUAUAUUGAUGUAUGUUCAUGAACGUGACAGUGUGUAUGCAGCUAUGGUCCAUAUUUUAUCUCCUGGGGAUCUAAUGACAGUAUAACACCUGUGCUUGAAACCAGGUCUGCUAUGUGUUAUUGAAUGUGUCAGAGUCAACACAUAUAUUUGUAUUGUUGGGGGGGAGGGAGGUUCAGUAAUGCGCUGGCAAACACUUGCGAUGGAUAAUUUAUUUGUCUUGUUUUUAUGUUUGACUACUGUUAUGUUUUCCAACUGUAAAGGGCAUCUGCAAUAUACCAUAGUAUUUUAUAUGAUGAAAGGACUGGUUUUAUCUUCACUAGUAAUCAAAGUUUUACUGGCACUAGGCAGAGCAAUUAGAUUAAUGUUAUUUUAUAUAUUAUUAUGUAAAUAAAAAAAAUUUUUUUUUCCAAAACUGUGAUGCCUGUGUAAAUUUUUUUUUUUUUUUUAAUAUCAAUUUUGAAAGUGAGGUAAGUGCUCAGCAGCUGCAUUAUUUGUCUUAGUUGUGCUAGUACCCAGGCACUUAUCAGAAUACCUUCAUCAAAUCAACCUACACUGAUCAUUACAAUCAUGUGCCUAAAAUCGUGUAGGUCCCCCAAACAGGCAUGGACUCACCUCUGAAAGUGCCCUGUGGUAUCUGGCACCUUACAUUAGCAGCAGAUCCUUUUUAAGUCCUGCAAGUUGCAAGAUGUUGCAAGUUGCAUCCAUGUAUCAAAUUUAUUGUUCCAGUAUUACCCAAUUAUGCUGAAUUGCAUUAAGAUCUAGGGAAUUUGCAGGCCUAGGCAACACCUUAAACUGUUUUAGAAACAUAGAAUGUGAUGGCAGAUAAGAACUGUUGCAGGAGUAGCAGGAAUAAGCCGCAGAUGCCACACACAGAGCGAUGGAAGCAGGUUCGUUCAGGAAGAAAAAGGUCUUUAUUGUUACCGAUCGGGUCUCAGAUGAACUCCUGUUCUAAAAAUGUCUGAGCCCAGAGCACAGAUUGCAAAUGCUUUUUAUUAACAAUAACUCCUCCCAUUCAUCGCUCCACCCACACAUACCCUUAGACCAAUCAGUGAACAGGAUAUUCAGGAUCACCUAAUAUGGGCAGACCGUAUGGCUGCUUUAAGGACAAAGGAAUGUGAUUACAGUUGAUGCACAUGCUCAGUACAUUGAUGACAGUAUCUUAGCUACAUGUAACUAACUAACAGAUACAACAAACACCUGUACUUGUAUAUGCCACAUGGAGAUUUCAGGCCUACUGAAUUUUGAACCAUAUUGAAAUCCCAUCACAGAACCAUUCAGCCCAUCUAGUCUGCCCGAUUUUCUAAAUACUUUCCUUAGUCCCUGGCCUUACCUUAUAUCUAGGAUAGCCUUUUGCCUAUCCUAUGCAUGCUUGAACUCCUUCACUGUGUUAACCUCUACCACAGCUGGAAGGCUAUUCCAUGAAUCCACUACCCUCUCAGUAAAGUAAUACUUGCUGAUAUUAUUUUUAAACAUUCGCCCCUCUAAUUUAAGACUAUGUCCUCUUGUUGUGGUAGUUUUUAUUAUUUUAAAUAUACUCUCCUCUUUUACUGUGUUGAUUCCCUUUAUGUAUUUAAAUAUUUCUAUCAUAUCCCCCUGUCUCGUCUUUUCUCCAAGCUGUUCAUGUUUAGAUCCUUUAACUUUUCCUUGUAAGUUUUAUCCCGCAAUCCAUGAACUAGUUUAGUAGCCCUUCUCUGAACUCUUUCUAAAGUAUCAAUAUCCUUCUGGAGAUACGGUCUCCAGUACUGCGUACAAUACUCCAAGUGAGGUUUUUCCAGUGUUCUGUACAAUGGCAUGAGCACUUCCCUCUUUCUACUGCUAAUACCUCUCCCUAUACAACCAAGCAUUCUGCCAGCAUUUCCUGCUGCUCUAUUACAUUGUCUUCCUACCUUUAAGUCAUAUGAAAUAAAUACCUUUCCUCAGAUGUUGAGGUUAGAACUCUAUCAAAUAUCCUGUACUCUACCCUUGGGUUUUUACGUCCAAAAUGCAUUAUCUUGCACUUAUCCACAUUAAAUGUCAGCUGCCACAACUCUGACCAUUUUUCUAGUUUACCUAAAUCAUUUGCCAUUUGGUUUAUCCCUCCUGGAACAUCAACCCUGUUACAUAUCUUAUUAUCAUCAGCAAAAAGACAUACCUUACCAUCAAGACAUUCUGCAAUAUCACUAAUAAAAAUAUUAAAGAGAAUGGGUCAAAGUACAGAUCCCUGAGAUACCCCACUGGUGACAAGACCAUGCUUCGAAUAUACUUCAUUGACUACAACCCUCUGUUGCCCAUCACUAAGCCACUGUCUUACCCAUUCAACAAUAUUGCAAUACAAACUUGAAGAUUGCUGUUUAUUGAUGAACCUUCUAUGUGCAACAGUGUUAAAAGCCUUACUGAAAUAUAGGUAAGCAAUGUCUACUGCACUACCCUGAUCUAUUAUUUUAGUUACCCAAUCAAAAAAGCAGUAAGAUUAGUUUGGCAUGAUUUCCCUAAAGUAAACCCAUGUUGUCUCUGAUCUCGAAAUCCAUGUGAUUUUAGAUGUUCAACACUCCUAUCCUUUAACAUGGUUUCCAUUACUUUCCCCACUAUUGAAGUAAGACUUACUGGAAUAUAGUUGCCCAACUCCUCCCUACUAUUUUUCUUGUGAAUGGGCACAACAUUGGCUAAGUUCCAAUUUUCUGGGACUACUCAUGUUAACAAUGAUUGGUUAAAUAAAUAUGUUAAUGGUUUUGCUAGUACACCACUAAGCUAUUUUAAUAACUCUGGGUGUAUUCCAUCAAGUCCCAUUGACUUAUUUGUCUUUACUUUUAACAGUUGAAAUAGAACCUCUUCUUCUGUAAACUCACAUGCAAUAAAUUACUCAUUUGCCCUUUUUCCUAACUAAGGCCCCUUUCCUUCAUUUUCAUAUUUUGUUCCUCAAACCAUUCAUGCACAGUUUUUGCAGUGUGUCAGGGUGCAUUAUUCUGCUGAAAGAAGCCACUUGCCAUCAGAGAACACCAUUGACAUGGAGGCAGGGCCAGAUUAAGAGCCCAGUGGGCCUGGUGCUGACAAUUAUGAUGGGCCUAAUUCCAAAAUCUUAUUGACCAAAAACACUAAAAUAUUCCUACCUCCUAAGCGUCAUAUAUCUGAUGGAGAUGGUGCUGGAGGGAAACUCAUAGGAUGCAGCUAUGAGAAAACACAUACCCUAUGCUAAUCUCACGCUUUCAAGUAAACCCAUACCCCUUAACAGCAGUGUCCAGUAAAUCAAGAAGUCUAUGGAUGGGGUAAAAGGGUGGGCCACUGACACAAACACAUAACCAGAACUGCCGAAAGGGACAAACAUACACAAAAAUGGGGCAUUUCUGUGUCCCCAUGUCUCCCAGUCCCUUAGUGUCUGUGUCCCCAUGUAUCCAAGUGUCCCCAUGUCCCUAGGACACAUUGAGAGACAUUGGGACACUGGGAGACCUGGGGACACUGAGAUACUAGGGAACACUGGGAAACGUGGGGACACUGAGACUCUCGGGACACUGGGUGACUUUAAAACAUGAGGGAACACUGGGAGACAUGGGACACUGAGAUAAUGUGACACAUAGGUUACACUGUGAUAUAUAGGGGACACUGGAGUCUUGAUAAAGACCUGGGUACAGGUGAAAACGUUGCGGUGUCCAAUAAACCUGCUUAAAUCUAUCACAGUGAGUGCCUGAGAUUUUUUUCUUUUAUACUAGGGGACACUGAGACACUUGGGGGCACUGUGAGACAUGGGGACACUGAGACACUAUGGACACUGAGACACUACGGACACUGACAGACACCAGGAACACUGGGAGAGAUGGGGCACUGAGACACUCUGAUACAUAGGGGACACUGGAGACUUGAUAAAGACCUGGGUAAAGGUCAAAACGUUGCGGUGUCCAAUAAACUGCUUAAAUCUAUCACAGUGAGUGCCUGAGAUUUUCUCUUUUAUACUAGGGGACACUGAGACACUAGGAGACAUGGGGACACUGGGAUACAUUAGGACACUGGGAGACUAGGGGACUUUGGGAGACUAGGAAACACUGAGACACUAGGAACACUGGCACACUACGGACACUGAGAGACACCAGGGACACUGGGAGACAUGGGGAUACUGAGAUACUAGGGACACUGGCUGGGAGACAUGGGGACACUGGGAGUGCCCCAUGUCUCCUAGGUCUCAAAGUCACCCAUUGUCCCCAUCUCUCCCAGUGUCCCCAUGUCUCUCAGUGUCCCCUAGUGUCUGUGUCCCCAUGUCGCCCAGUGUCCCCUGGUGUUUGUAUCCCCAUGUCUCCCAGGGUCCCUUAGAGUCUGUGUCCCCAUGACUCCCAGUGUCCCGAUGUCACUAGGACGCUAGGGGACACUUAAGAGACAUUGGGACACUGUGAGACAUUCACUAUUAUUGCAAUACAAAUUUGUAUUGUGAAACAUGGGGAUGGUGAGAGACUAGGGGACUCUGGGAGACUAGGGACAUAGACACUAGUGACACUAAGAGACACCAGGGACACUGGGAGACACCAGGGACAGUGGGAGACAUGGGGACACUGAGACACUGGCUGGGAGACAUGGGGACACUGAGAGACUAGGGGCCACUGGGAGACAUGGGUCCACUGUGUCCCUAGUGUCUCAGGGUCCCCAUGUUCCCCAGUAUCCCUAUGUCUCCCAGUGUCUCAGCGUCGCCAAGUCUCUCACCAUCCCCAUGUUUCACAGGCUUGGAGCUGCUGUCUGGCCUCUCUGUGCAGAGCUGCUCUCCGCGGAUCAGUGAGUAGAGAGAGGCAGGGAGGGAGAUGUUGUAACUUCUUAUCCCUGCCUCUCUCCACACAAAACAGCCCUACUGGCCAGCUCUGGUAUUGCAGAAUAAUCUCUGUUUAUACUCUGUUUAUAACUGCAAUACCGGCACUGGCUAGGCAGCCUCAAAUACCUGAGAAAUACCUGGCAACCAUAAGAAAUACAUGAGAAAUACCUGGCAACCAGGUUUUGUUUUAAAUCAAUGGGCCUAUUCCAUGGACCUGGGCCUGAAGCUGCAGCUCCAUCAGCUCCUAUGUUAAUCCGGCCCUGCAUGGAGGGGUGUACAUAGUCUGCAACAAUCUCUAGAUAGGUGAUAAGUGUCAAAGUGACAUCCACGAGAAUGCCAGGACACAGGGCCUGUGCAAGUAUUCUCAGACACCAAGCAAAUAUCUAAUAUGCUGUCCCCUUCAAUGAUAAAAGGGACACCUCAAGCACCAUCAUAAUUAACUUAUGAUCUUUGCAUAGGUUAUGGUGCCAGGAAGUGCCAAUGUGACAUCACAUUAAGCUGCAUUGGGAAGUCUGUACUUUGAAAGCCAAAGAAAGGUCUGGGCUUGAUUACCAAAAAUAAUUCAGGACACAUACAUAUGCACUGCACAACGUGGCACAUUGCAAAUAAAAGGUUCAACACACACAAACAUACACAGUGCAAAUAAAGUGUUCAAUAAACAUACACAUGGGCAGGAAGUACAACGUUCAAGGCACACACACACAUACACACAUCAAGCAAAAAGAUCAAAGACACACAUCCACAGUGCAAGAAAGGUGGCAAUACACACAAACUUAUACAGCAGACAUAGAGUCAAACAGAACAGGUAAGUAGUCAAAGCAUAACUCAUAAACCCUCGAGGGAAGGGGACCUAUACACUUUUACACUUAAAAAAUACCUCUAUAAAUAUAAACAGCUACAUUUGAACUACAGUAGCUCUUCUGUGUGAUCAGACCAGACGGGAUAGCCUUUGCUCACCAUGUGCAUUAAUGAACCUUGCGCUGCCAUGGCCCUGAUACCGAUUCACUUGUUGUCCUUCCUUGCACCACUUUUGGUAGGUAUUAACCACUACAUACCAGGAACACCCCACAGGACUUGUCAUUUUGGAGAUUUUCUGACCCAUUCGUUUAGCCAUUACUAUUUGGCCCUUGUCUAAGUUACUCAGUUCCUUUUUGCUUCUCCAUUUUGUCCUGCUUCCAACAAAUGAAAUUCAAGAACUGACUGUUCUCUUGCUGCCUAAUAUAUUAACAGGUGCUUUUAUAACGAUAUAAUCAAUGUUAUUCACUUCACUGCCAGUGGUUUUAAUGUUGGGACUGAUCAUGUAUGUUUAUAAAUAGGAAUACAUUUUAAAAAAUGUGUGUCUGUACCUGCAAGAGAAAUGGUGUUUGAAAUGAGAAAAAAAAAAAAUCAUAAUAUAUUUUAAAUGCUUUCAGAUGAAGACAUAUAGUGCAACUUUGGGUUCUUUUUUAAAGGGUUGCUUCAAGCACCAUGACCAUUUCAGUGACAUGAAGUGGUCAUGAUGGCUGCAGUCUAAAUGUUUCACUUUUAAAAACUGCAUUCAUGGAGUUUAAACCUUUGCUGCCAAAUGUACAACUCCACCUACAGCAGCAUCAUAUGGGCUUCAUUGUUAUGCAUAGAAUUGCAUUCAUUGGCUGAUGCUCUCAGCCAAUGGAUGACCAGUGAGAGCGACAGCUCUGCUGAAGUACAAUGUUGUCACUGGCCACCGGGGACCUAGAUAAGAGGGCAAAUCAUUGCAAAAUGGUUUGCUCCAACACUGGGAAGAACAGCCAGGGUACUCCUGGCAUCAUACCCACCACUGUGGACUGGUUAUCAUGCUUGAAGCAACCUUUUAAUAAUUGCCAGCUGAGUAUAAGAGGCAGUGUUACAGCGCAAAGACCUACAUUUCCUUUAUUUGUUAUCUGUAGUUUUUUAGGAACUCACACCAAACACAAAUCACUGCACUAGAAUAUUGUACAUAUAAUACAAUGCAGUAAUUUAAAUAUGAUUAUGUUUUAAUCAAAUGCAUGUGUUUACAGUAUGUGGGAUUUAUUUGUAAUAUUCUAUUUGUCUUGCAAUCAAUCUCUCUGUAGUGGUGUCCAUUGUUUAAAUCAACCUGUCUAUAUGUCCAUCCCUCCGUCUGUCUGUCUAUAUAUCUGUAUGUCUGCUUGGCUAUCUAAUAUCUAUCUGUCUUUCUAUCUAUCAAUCUGUCUGUCUGUCUGAUUGUCUAUCUAUCUAUUUGUCUGUUUGUUUGUCUGUCUGUCUGCCUGUCUACCUGUAUGUCUGCUUUGCUUUCUAAUAUCUCUCUAUCUACCUAUCAACUAUCUAUCUGUCUGUCUGUCUAUCUAUCUAUAUAUAUAUAUUUCUGUAAGUUGUAUUACUUUCCAUUCCCAGCUAUUUUUUUUCAGCAUAUCUACUCUCCUGUUUUGCUUCUAAGGAAUUCAAAAAGACCAAGGAAGCCGUGAAAAGAUUCAUUUUGGCUUACAAGAUAAUGUUGGAUUUCUUUGGUUUAAAAUUGAUGGACAAGAAUGGAAAUGUCUCACGAGCAGCAAACUGGCAAGAGCGAUUUCAGCAUUUGAAUGAGUAUGUUAUUUUUUUAAUUAUUGCCAGAUUACUUUACAUUACCCUAAAGACAAAUUCUGUCAUUUUGUUCCAUCUUCUUGGAAUGCCUCUUAUGAAUAGAUAUUAUGAAUAGUUUCCCACAUUUAUGGUUUAAUUAUUCACAGUUCUGGAUCAUAUAAUCAUGUUUUAGAUUGGAAUAUUUUCUAUAUUGUUGGGUUCAAUAGUAUAAAAAGGUUAGAAGUGAACGCCUCCCUUACUAUAAUUUGAGGGCACCUUGCAUAUUGUAAUGGGUUGAAAAGAAAAGAACUACUGAUGCAGCAACUACCUUCACUUGCAAAUAUGUCAAUUUCAAAAUAUUUUUCUAAGGAUAUAAGCCAGAUGGUUUCAAAGUAUGGUGCUCAUUACUCAACUACUAGGUAGUUGUAUCAUGGAGUAAAGGUGUUUAUUAUAAUUGCUGUUAGUGCAUUUCAAUGUCUUAAGUGGGACUUUCAAGAACUGUACCAUUAGGGAUUCGCAGCCAAAUGGGACCCAAUCUAAAGAGUUACAUGCAUUGAUUUAACAGAAUUUCAGAUGACCUUUACUGAGAUGAGAUUCACUAGAACAAUAUGUCAGUAAAGUCUGUGAAAUAACUUAGCAUCCAUUAUGUGCCUUUAAUUUUAAUAUUUGCAACUAUUAUCUGAUUUAGUUAAAGAUAGUGACAAAUGUAAGAAACAUUAUGUUCUAUGUCACACAUAAUGCACUUUUACAGUUUCUCACAGUACAGGUUUUAGCUUCCCCUUAUUACCGUAAUACUAAAAUUACUGCCAUCUUUUGUCAUCCAUACAAUUAUACAUCUCAAUGUGCUUUUUGCUCAAAGAAAAACAUAGUAUCAAAAGAAAGUAAAAGUAUUAAUAAAACAAUGCAGAAUAUCUUCUGGCUCUUCGAACGUGCUUACAUUUUAAUCCUUUGAUCACCUGGUAAAAUUUGAUUUCCAGGUGUAGUUAAAAAAAAUAAAAAUAAAAAUAAUAUAUAUAUUAAAUACAGUGAAACCAGUACAGGGUAGGUGGAGGAGACUGUGAUGGGAUCUUAUUAUAAAUCCCUAACCAUGAGAUGGGCUCCCAUCUACUGGUGGAUUAGAAUGGAUGUUGCCAUAAGCAUUGAAUGAGCAACUCAUAACCCUCCUUUCCCAGCCAUGUCCUUUUUUCCCCUCCCCUCCCCCUCUUUUAUUUUCCUUGAUUUUCUUAUUCCUCUUCCCUACUCUUACACACUAUUUGCUAACUUUGUUGGAAUGAUAUCUUACUUUCCAAAUUCCCUGAUGCUACAAAAUGGGCACCACAUUGAUCCCAAUCAUUGGGUUAAAGCGAAAUUCCAGCUUCUGAGUUACCUACAUUGUACAAUCACAAAUGUAUCUUUGGGUAUAGUGAUAGCAGUAUCAAGAUAUGAUUUAUGUCUUGCUUUGUUAUUUCUGUAAACAUUGAUCCUUUGUCUAACUACUUUCUGUAAAAAAAAGUUAAAUAAAGAUUGUAAAAAAAAAAAAAAAAAGAAGUGCAGUAAAACCGGAGAAUUAAAAAAGAAGCCUAAAAAUGCAAUUUUGGUUUUACAGUUAUAGAAAUGAAGACUAAGAAUUAAGCUACAAUUUAUUGUGCAAGCAGUGCUGUUUUGCACAAAGGUAAAGAAGUUAAGCAAUUAUUAAAAUACAUUCUAAAUUGAAUUGGACUUAAACAGAACUUUCUGGUCUGCUCCAAUAAGGCUGCGGUUAAGUAGCAACUUUUAAUAGCAUAUUUAGCGGGUACGUUACAGUAACAGAUGGUCAACAGUGUAGAAAGUGGCAGAAAUGUCAAGAAGAAUUACUUAGUGACCUUUGAAUUUAGUAUUAAUUAACAAACUGGUCACUUUGAGUUGCCUAGUUUCAGUGUAGUGAUGAGAAUGAAAAGAAUGUAAGAAGAAGAAUUUGGUAUGUAAAAACUGGUUAAGGAACCAAAUUAGCCAAACAAGGGCAUGAAAAUGGGACAAACAGUAUACUGUGAAAUAUAUACAGAACAAAAUAUUAUGUAUAUACACUGAUAGGAGUAUUUUCCCACCAUUUGGUUCACAGAUCAAUCCAGAAAAAAAUAACCUAUUAAGGGAAACAGAGCGUAUAAAAAAAAAAAAUCCACUUUUAUAUAUUUGUUAAAUAUUUAAUAAAUUAAUAUCUAACUAUAGAUUUUCUUUAUUGCGCCUCCUUUUUCCCUCUAUUGGUCACUUCUAAAAUGAUCUGUGAUUAAAAUUUAUAUUUAGUGACUGUUACAUAGAAACAUAGAACGUGACGGCAGAUAAGAACCAUUCGGCCCAUCUAGUCUGCCCAAUUUUCUAAAUACUCUCAUUAGUCCCUGGCCUUAUCAUAUAGUUAGGAUAGCCUUAUGCCUAUCCCACGCAUGCUUAAACUCCUUUACUGUGUUAACCUCUACCUCUACCACUUCAGCUGGAAGGCUAUUCCACUACCCUCUCAGUAAAGAAAUACUUCCUGAUAUUAUUUUUAAACCUUUGCCCCUCUAAUUUAAGACUAUGUCCUUGUGUUGUGGUAGUUUUUCUACUUUUAAAUAUAGUCUCCUCCUUUACUGUGUUAAAUCCCUUUAUGUAUUUAAUUGUUUCUAUCAUAUCCCCCAUCUCGUCUUUCCUCCAAGCUAUACAUGUUAAGAUCCUUUAACCUUUCCUUGUAAGUUUUAUCCUGCAAUCCAUGAGCCAAUUCAGUAGCCCUUCUGUGAACUCCCUGUAAAGCAGGGGUAGACAACCUGGUCCCUACCGCCCACUAGUGGGCAGUUUGGGAUUUCAGGUGGGCGGUGGUGGGUUCUGCAGAAAAUGCCCAGUGGGCCUCCAUGGCUGCAAACCAAGGCCUGUAAGGAAGAUCCUUUUAUCUCACCUACCUGCCUUGCUGUAAGCACUCUCAGGCUAGUGAAGAGAUCAAAGAUCUCCCUCACUGGCCCACUGACACUUAGUUUCAGCAGAGGGAGGGAAGGGCCUGGGAGGCUCUGUGGUCCUCCCAUGAGCAGGCUGGUCAAAGCGUUGAUGCGCGUUACCGUGGCAACCCUCCGAUUCAAUGCUGUGCUCGCAGGAGGGCAGGAGAGUCAGCCUGCAGUAGGAGGAGCUGCAGGAUAUAGUGAACAUGCCACCACUGGGCCACCAGGGUUGGCAUCAUUAUGUCCCCACUCCCUGGUAAGAGGAAGGGAGGGGGAGACAUUAAGAUAGAUUUUCUUAGGCUUCGGGAGAGGCCCUGAGGGGGGGAGGAUAGAGACGGGGAGAAGGGAUGGGAGUUCUACAAACGACCCUAACUGAAAGACAGAUGGAACUGCAAAUGACAAUUGUUAUUACCAAAGAGAAAUUGUUACAUUUAAAAGGUUAUAUUUCUUUUCACUCUACUUACCAAUAAUGUAAAAACAAAAAGAAAAAUUUACAGAAUGUAACAAGACACCAAACUAAUGUAUAUUGUCAUAGCUACCUUCGCAAGUCAUAUCCAUACUCUGCAAUGAUACAGUGACUGUCAAAAGCAUUGGCUUCUGCGCAGGCCUAAUUGUACGCAAUAUGUUACACUCAUGUCAACCAAAAAUAAAGAUUUAAAAAAAAAAAAAAAAAGAUAGAUGUUCACCUCUCAUCAACCUACAAACAGCUUAGACCCUAUGCACUCUUCACACACAAACAAACACUACACCUCUCACACACACUACAUCCAUCACAUACACAGCCCCCUACACACACACACUUUCCCCUACACACAUACACUGCCCCUACACAGACACACUCUACCCCCCCACAGACACUACACCCUCACACACUGCACUCAUCACACACACACUGCCCCCUCACAUACGCACAGGAACCCUUACACAUGCACAGCACCUUCCACACAUGCACAGAAACCCUCGCACACACACAGCAACCCUCACACACACACUGCACCCUUCACAUAAAGCACCCUUCACACACAGCACCUCACAGACACACAUAGAAAAAAAAGUAAAAUAGAAAAUAGAAAAAAAGGGAAAAAAUAGAUACAUUUAAGUACAUAUUUUAAAUAAAAACCCCUCCUUUCUAAAAAAUAAAAAAAUAAAUCGCACUUGCGCUAUGAAAUUAGUUACCACGGCACUGGUGGGCGGCAAGGAAAUUUUACCAUCAACAAAAAUACAAAAGUGGGCGGUAGGUAUUAAAAGGUUGACUACCCCUGCUCUAAAGUAUCAUUAUCCUUCUGGAGAUACGGUUUCCAGUACUGCGUACAAUACUCCAAGUAAGGUCUCACCAGUGUUCUGUACAAUGGCAUGAGCACUUCACUCUUUCUACUGCUAAUACCUCUCCCUAUACAACCAAGUAUUCUGCUAGAAUUUCCUGCUGCUCUAUUACAUUGUCUGCCUACCUUUAAGUCAUCAGAAAUAAUCACCCCUAAAUCCCUUUCCUCAGGUGUUGAGGUUAGAACUCUAUAAAAUAUUAUGUCCAAGAUCUUGCACUUAUCCACAUUAAAUGUCAGUUGCCACUACUCUGAACAUUUUUCUAGUUUACUUAAAUCAUUUGCAUUUUGGUUUAUCCCUCCUGGAACAUCAACCCUGUUACAUAUCUUAGUAUUAUCAGCAAAAAGACAUACCUUACCAUCAAGACCUUCUGCAAUAUCACUAAUAAAAAUAUUAAAGAGAAUGGGUCCAAGUACAGAUCCCUGAGGUACCCCACUGGUGACAAGACCAUGCUUCGAAUAUACUCCAUUGACUACAACCCUCUGCCUGUCACUAAGCCACUGCCUAACCCAUUCAACAAUACUGGAAUCCAAACUUAAAGAUUGCAGUUUAUUGAUACGCCUUCUGUGUGCAAUAGUGUCAAAAGCCUUACUGAAAUCUAGGUAAGCAAUGGCAUAUGCACCACCCUGAUAUAAUAUUUUAGUUACCCAAUAAAAAAAUUAAAAAACAACAAGAUUAGUUUGGCAUGAUCUCCCUGAAGUAAACCCAUGUUGUCUCUGAUCUUGAAAUCCAUGUGAUUUUAGAUAUUCAACAAUCCUAUUCUUUAACAUUGUUUACAUUACUUUCCCCACUACUGAAGUAAGGCUUACUGGCCUAUAAUUGCCCGACUCCUCCCUAUAACCUUUCUUGUGAAUGGGCACAACAUUCGCUAACUUCCAAUCUUUUGGGACAACUCCUGUUAACAAUGAUUGGUUAAAUAAAUCUGUUAAUGGUUUUGCUAGUACACCGCUAAGCUCUUUUAAUAACUUUGAGUGUAUUCCAUCAGGUCCCAUUGACUUAUUUGUCUAAUUAUAGUUCAGACUGAGACAAAUCUCCAAUUCUAAUGUGAAUGAAGGGAUCUAUAGUCAAAAAGAAAUUGAAAAUAUUAAGGUCUGAAGAAGAGACAAGUUGUUUUGAUGGGGUAGAUGGUUUGAUGAGUUGUUAAAAGAGGACUCCAAUCAUCAUUAUUAUUAUUAUUAUUGUCAUUUAUAUAGCACCAACAGAUUCCGUAACGCUUUACAAUAUUAUAAGAGAGGGGAUUUAACCACAAAUAGGAUAAUGACAAGAAAACUUACAGGAACGAUAGGUUGAAGAGGACCCUGCUCAAGCGAGCCUACAGUCUAUAGGAGGUGGGGUGUAAAACACAAUAGGAACGGAAAUAGCAAUCAAAUGGGUGUCAUCAGCGUACAGGGGAUAGUGGAAUCCAAAAGAGGUAAUAAGUUUGCGAGGAGAGGCAGUAUAAAGAGAAAAUAGAAGGGGACCAAGCACGGGGCAUGUUUAAGGUCAGCAGGGGCAAUGCCAGAAGAGAGAGAGCAGUUGAAUAUGUGUGUUAAGGAAGGCACAAGACAAGGGGAGAGGGAUCUGAUAAGGUGAGAUGGGACAGGAUCAAACGGGCAAGUGGUGGGGCAGCCACCUCUUGUUCAUUAGCCGGGGAGAAAGUCUGAAGGGUAGAAAAGGCAUGAUCUACGUGUGGUUGAGAAAGAGAAAUGCAGGGUGGGGAGAAUGCUUUCCUUAGCUGUUCAAUCUUGUCGGUAAAGUAGCAUGCAAAGUUAUCGACUAUAAGGUUAGUUUGAGGAGUGGCCACAGCAGGGCAAAGGAGAGAGUUAAAGGUGUCAAAGAGUGCCUGGGAUUGUGGGAGCAUUAACUAAUGAGAGAGGAAAAGUAUGGCUGUUUGGCGAGGGCAAGGGCUGCGCUGUAUGUACCUGAUAUGAAUCUAUACUGGGUGCGAGACUUCCUCCAGGAGCGUUCAGCACAACAGGAGCAUUUUUGCUAGUAGCGUGUUGAUUUAGCAUGCCAUGGUUGGGGGUGUGUCCUCCUUGAGGUGCAUGUUUGGAGCGAGGCUGCAGCGUUCAAGACAGAGGGGAGGGUAGUGUUAUAUGUGGAGAUGGCCAGUGAGAGACAGGAGAGGAAAGGGAUUGAUAGGAGUUGUAAAUCAAUAUCAAAUCAGCUGACAGCUGCUGGAGGUCAAUAGAAUUAAGGUUCCUCCUGAGUUGAGGGGGGCUUAGGCUGAGGUUGUUGGAUGAGGGGGUAUUCGAGAGCAAAUGAUAAGAGGUGGUGGUCAGAGAGGGGAAAUGGAGUGUUGGAGAUAUUAGACACUGUACAUUCAUAAGAGAAAAUUAGGUUGAGGGUAUUGCCAGCUGCAUGGGUGGGAGAAUUAGCCCACUGCAAUAGCCCAAGGUAGGAAGUAAUUGAAAGUAGUUUAGAGGCUGCUGAGGUCAGGGGUUAGUUAAUGGGAAUACUGAAGUCUCAGAGAAUUAGGUAUGGUAUGUUAGAGGAGAGGAAGUAGGGUAGCCAGGCAGCAAGGUGGCCAAGGAAGUGGAGAGGGGAACAAGGAGGGUGAUAAAUAAUGGCAAUGUUAGCGGAGAAGGGUUUGAAAAGGCAAAUCAAAUGGAUUUCAAAUGAAGAGAAAGAGAAGAAAGAGGGUGGGUAGUGGUUUGAAGGAGCAGUGAGGCGAAAGAAGAAACCCUGCACUACCGCCUUUACAUUCAGAGUGUCUUGGGUUGUGGGUAAGUUGAAGGCCACCAAAAGAUAAAGAUGCAGGGGUAGCAGUGUCAGAGGGGGAGAGCCAUGUUUCUGUUAAGGCUAGUAAGUCUAUGGAAUAAGAGAUGAAGAGGUCAUGGACAGCAAUGGAUUUCGUAAUAUUGCAAACAGAGCGUGCAUUCCAGCGGGCAGUAUUGAAGGAGCAUUUAGAGGAAGAGUAACAUGAGAUGGGUAUGAGAUUUUUGUGGUUCCUUGAGUUAGUACGUGGUGGGUUUGCCGAGGUGAGACCAAGGUUUGGAGAGACAUCACCAGCUGCUAGUAGCAGAAGGAUAGAAAGGAAGUGAAGGUGGGAGUAGGAUUUGAAAGUUUUGUAAGAGAGUAUGUAUAUAGAGGAUAUGGGAGGAGUUGGUGGAGAUAGGCUGGAAAGGUACAUGUAGAGUGCAUGGGAUGAAUAGAGAGGGGAGGGGAGUAAAGUGGGGGCAAUGAAGAUCGUGUCACCAGGGACAGGUGAGCAGAAGGCUAGGGAUAUUUUGGUGAUAAAAGAAGUUAGAGUUAUAGGCACAGUUAAUAAAACAGUGCAGUCACUAACAAAUAAAACUUUAAUCUUGGAACAUAAAAUAGCUGCCCUAGAAGACAGAUCAAGACAAUUUAAUCUAAGACUUAGAGGAAUACCUGAAGAUAUAACAACGGAGAAACUAAAAGACUAUUUAUGCAGCCUAUUCAAAGAAGUCUCUCCUGAGACAACUGAUUAUCAAAUAGAAAAAUUUCAUCGAAUACGAAAACCUAAUAUAAUCGCAGCACAUCUCCCAAGAGAUGUUAUAGUGAGCUUCUGUUCACUUUCAGCUAAAAACAACUUGAUUAAAGCCAGACGUAUUAACCCUUUAGAAAAUUCUGCCUAUAAAGAUAUAUAUUUUUUGCAAGAUCUAUCUUAUUUUACUAGAACAUGGAGGAAGUCUUUCUCAACUCUUACGGAUUUUUUGAGGAAAAAGGACAUUAGAUUUCAGUGGAAUACUCCGGCUUCCUUGAAAUUCACUUGGAGACAAGAAAGACUUUCCUUCACUGAUUCGGACGAAGCAAAGAGUUGGUUAGCAAGAAUUCAAAUAUGAAAACAACUAGACUGUGGAAGUGGAAUAAAAGGGGAGGAAGAAAAGAGAGAGAAAAGAUAUAUAUUUUUUUUUUCUCAGAAGAACCUAUUUAAAUCCUAUGAUAUAUGUAAUUUUUAAACAACAACUAUAAGAAGGAAGAGAAUCUAUUAUCAUAACGAUAUAUCAGAAAAGUAGUUCUAAUAUGCACAUGGUUGGAGCUUAGGUUAUUUGCAAUGCAUAAAAAUGCAUGAAGACAAUGUGUUGUGGGAUAGAAGGUUAGAAAGAAGAGAGAGAGAAGGGAGGAAGAGAAAAGGAAAAUAAUUUUUUUUCUCUCUCUCUCUCUCUUUUGUGAUAAAAUUAGUAAUUUGGCUUAGGACAUUAAAAGGUUAUGCAAAUGCAGAUAUUUUUAUACAAAUUAAGCAGAAAAAGUACUUUAAAAAGUUUUUAUUCAUUAUAAGAUUAUAUUAGAUAAGUACCUCUUAUAUUUCUAUGUACAUAUUGUUGCAGUCUAGGAUAUCCGUAACGCAUAAAAAUAUAUGAAAAUAAUGUGAAGUUGAUGAAGUAAAAGGAGACAUAAUAGUUAUUAUAAAUAUCUGUUCACAUUCUAGUUAGGAGGGGAGGAAGGAAGAGGAAAGAAAAAAGAAGGGAAAAAGGGAAAAGGGAACUACUCAUUAGGCUGUUAAUAUAUGGAUGUAUGGGAACAAUGUGACAGACCAUGUUAUAAAAUAGACGCUUGUAAUAUACUUCACUUAACUUUUAUUCAUUUUGGAAUGAUUUCAUUUAAGCUGUUUAUUAAGGUUUUUUUUAUUUUAUGUUCAAUUAGAAAAAUCUGACUAAGAUGUGUGAUAGAUAGAAUAGAUUGACAUUGAGAUGGGUCUUUCAAGAUUUGAAGAUUGUUUAGGUAUAUUUUAGGAAUUAGAAGUAAAGGAAAAAGUGGUGUGGUUCAAUAAGGACAAAUUUGAUAGAAACUAAAUAUGUUUGUAUGUGCACAAGAUUGAAUUAGAAAAAUUGUAUGGAUUGACUCGUUCACUAUUGCACACAAAGGGAACAGAAAAAAGGAUGGAGAAAGGAGAGACAGGGAAAAAGAAAGGACACACGGAAAUAAUGUAAUGAAACACGAUGAUAAAUAGGUUAUUAUAAAUAUUUUUCACUUAACUGACACCUAUCUUAGAUUAAUUAUAUUCAAUUGAUUGAUUAGGUUUUUUUUUUUGUUUUUUUUCUGAAGACCCAUUUAAAAUGCGCGACAGAUAAAAUAGAUGAAUAUUGAGAUGAGUCUUUAAGCUUGAAGAUCACUCGUUUAUACUUUAUUGUACAUAGGAUAGAACAACUGGAAGUGAUGAGGGAGGAAAAAAAGGAGGUAAAGAGAAGGGAGGCCUUUUUUUUUUUUUGUAGCCAUAAUAUUUGGUGAAAAAAUAGAGGUAGAAAUAAUUCAACAAAUACAAGAUGUAGAAGGCAGAUUUUUGAUAAUAAUAUGUAAAAUCAAUUCUAAGAUAUUCACACUUUGUAAUGUUUAUCUCCCAAAUUAUUCACCAGCUUCUUACUUAAGAUCUAUCCUAGAAAAAAUAGAAGAAGUAAAAGUAGGAAAUUUAAUAUUGGCUGGAGAUUUUAAUGCAGUCAUUGAUCCACAAUUAGAUAAAAAAAACUAUGAGAGGAGUCAAAAUAAAUAAGAUGGUAGUUAAACAAGCUAAAUCCUUAAAAAACAUAAAAGAUGAAUUUAAUUUGUUCGAUAUCUGGAGAAUCCAUAAUCCAAAUCUGAGAGAUUAUACACACUUCUCUAAAGUCCACUUUUCUUAUUCAAGGUUGGACAUGAUCUGGACUGAUCCUAAUCUUAUCGAUAAAGUUCAAAAAGUAAAUAUAAACGAAACAGUUUGGACAGAUCAUAACGGUGUAGUAUGUGUAAUUGAAGUAGGAAAAAAUUUAAAAGAGCCAUACAGUUGGCGUUUAAAUGAUAGUUUGCUCCGUUUUGAAGCGAAUAAAAAAUCUAUGGAAAUAGAGGAUAUCGAUCCAUCCAUUUUGUGGUGCGCCUUUAAGGCAGUAAUAAGAUGUCAUUUUAUUAAACUCCAAAGCCAAACUGAUAAAAGUAUUAGUCUAUCUUACCUUUAUGGUCAGUUAGGGAAGCUGACUCAAAACAACAAACAUAACCCAACAGUUGAAAAUUCUGAAGAAAUAUUAGCAAUAAAGGAUAAAAUUAACCAAAAAUUAAUGGAAAGAACGGUUAAAAGUUUAGAUAGAUUAAAAUUAAAAUAUUAUUCUAAGGGUAACAGAGCCGAUAAACUGUUAUCACAAAAAUUAAGAAAACAAAAGGGUAUAAAUAAAGUAGAAAAACUUAUAAAUAAUGGAACAACUGUAGUAACUCCAAAACAAAUAGGACAACAAUUCAAUGAUUUUUAUAGUAAGUUAUAUAACAUUCCUCAAACUACGACAGAUGAAGAUAUAAAAAAAUAUCUAGAAAAAAUAAAUAACUUUAAAUUAACAGAAUCACAAAGUGAAGCAAUAAAUAAAGAUAUAACUAUGGACGAAAUAAUGAAAGCUAUAAAUAAUUUGGAGGAGUAUAAAACCCCAGGUCCAGAUGGAUUUAGUAAUUUAUUCUACAAAAUAUUUAAAGAACUAAUUUGCCCUUAUAUGACUAAUGCCUUUAACAGUGCAGCUAAAAGAGGAUCUCUCCCAACAGAUAUGUUAAAAGCUAAUAUUUUACCAAUUCUAAAACAAAAUAAAAACCCUACUGAUGUUAAAAAUUACCGUCCAAUAUCCUUGAUAGAUGUUGACACCAAACUAUACGCUUCAGUGUUGGCCGCUAGAGUUAAAAAACUUAUACCACUGAUCAUACAUCAAGAUCAAAUAGGUUAUGUCCCUGGAAGAAACUCUUAUACAAGUAUUAGGAAAAUUGUCAACAUCUUAGAUGACGCUAAUAGAAAUAGAGUUCCAGUUUUGGCUCUGUCGAUUGAUGCUGAAAAAGCAUUCGACAGAGUCAACUGGAUUUAUUUGGAUGCUGUACUGUCGCAUUACGGUCUUGACAGUUGGAUUAAGAAAGCCAUCAUGGCCCUUUAUGCAAAUCCAUCAGCAUGUACUAAAGGACCAAAUAUUAUAGCCCCAUGGUUCCAACUGAAAAACGGCACACGACUUUCACCGUUAUUAUAUUUGCUUUCUAUUGAACCAUUAGCCGAGAAUAUUAGAAACAAUAAAAAAAUCUAUGGCUAUAAAACAUUAGAUGUAGAACAGAAAUUAAGUCUAUAUGCUGAUGACAUCUUAAUUACCAUAACAAAACCGGAAAUUUCAUUAGAUUUUUUAAUGUCAGAAAUUGACAGUUAUAGUAAAAUAUCUAAUUAUAAAUUAAAUAUAAAUAAAUCCAUGAUUCUGGACAUAAAUUUGGAUGAACAAACUAAAAAUAAGAUCAAAGGUAGAUAUAAUUUUUUAUGGGUCGAAAACAACAUGGACUAUUUGGGAGUUAAACUGACUAGAGAUGUAAAUAAAAUAAUGGAAAUAAAUUUCUUGGAUUUACUACAAAAUCUUAACAAAUGGCUGAAAAAUCGAAGAAAUUUAGAAAUAUCUUUCUGGGGAAGGAUAAAUGUAGUUAAUUCAUAUGUCAUUCCAAAAUGGAACUAUAUGUUCCAAAUGUUGCCAUUAAGUAUUUCUAACCAGUGGUUGGAAUUAAUACAGAAAAGUUUCACUCAGUAUAUCUGGAAAGGUAAAAAACCAAGAUUGAGUCAAUCAACACUAACACAAAAACUGAAUAGAGGAGGACUGGCCUAUCCUCUAAUAUCAAAUAACUACAGGGCAGAGGUAAUUUUACAUAUAUAUAGGAUGCAAGUAGAAGAAAACAAAAAUGAAAGUUGGUAUAAAACAGAACUUAUUGCAGGAGGAGCUCCUAGCUUGGAUUGUUUAAUUUGGAACACCACUACAUUUUUUCAAAAAAAAGAUUAUCCUAGCAUAACGUUAACACACUUAAUGAAUAGUUGGCUUAAAAUUAAAAAGACCCUAAAAAUAGAAAACAAAAUUCCAACUUAUCUAAAAUUAGAUCUUGUAGAACAACAAGUCGCAGAUAUAAAUUUAAAAAACUGGAAUCAAGCAGGAAUUUUGCGACUGUCUCAACUACUUGUAAAAGAUAAAAUUAAAACUUUUGCUCAAUUAACACAGGAAUAUAACUUACCAACAAAAGAGCUGUUUAACUAUUUAAGACUUAAAAGUUUUUUGACAACACAUCUAAUUGUAUCAAAUACUAAUUUGAAUAAUGUGUUAAAUAUACUUUUCAAUACAGACAAGAUAAAUAAACCACUCUCAAAAGCUUUGGUAUUAAGCAAAAUGUGCAAUAAAGUUAAAACUCCAACAGCUAUAACUGCCUGGAAAGAAGAAUUGAAUAUGGAUAUAAAUAUCAGGCAUUGGGGUUCCUCAUUGACAGAAGUUUUGAAGUAUAUACACUCGUUAAAUCUACUAGAAACUCAUUUUAAAGUCAUAAAUAGAUGGUACUUAGUACCAGACAAAUUGAACAAAAUGUACUCUUCAGCAAACCAUCUAUGUUGGAGAUGUGGUAUAAAUACAGGCACUUUUAAGCAUAUUUGGUGGGAGUGUAGCAAAUUGAAUAAUUUGUGGUUUAAUAUUCAAAAGUUUGUAUCCGUAGACUUGAACCUUGAGUUGAGGCUCUCUCCGGAGACUGUUUUGCUCCAUUUAAACUGGCCGGCAAUGACAAAGGAUUCGAAAAUUAUUCUUAUCCAUCUUUUUUUAGCAGGAAAAAUUGUGAUUGCUAGAAGAUGGAAAAAUGAUAGAGAAGUUCCUUGGGAUCAAGUUAGAGCCCAGCUUAAGUUUCAAGUAAAAAUGGAAGUGUUAUUGAGCAAACAAAAAUUAAGUAGGAAAACAACAAUUUGGACGAAAUGUUGGGAGAAGAUUGAUAAAUAGAGGGUUUUUUUUUUAUAUAAAAUUCAAAGUGAAUAUUAAGGCUAUCUGUUAAUGCUUUGGACAGUAUAAUAUAAUAUAUAAUAUGAGAUAAAACAUACACUUUUACUCGAUGAGUUUCUUCCCUUCUCUCCUGCUGCACUGUCUUGUCUAUGUAGAUGUGUAAGUCUAAAAUAUUGUUAGUUUUUGGUUAAUUGAAAUGUGUAAGGGAACAUCUUAUGGAUGAAUAUCUUAAAUAGGAAAAUAGUUUCUUUACCAUUUGUAUGUAACUGUUGUAUUGUAUUGUCUUUUUUAUGGAAAAAAAGAAAAAAAGGGGGGAAACCCUUUAAAUAAAGAUGAAUUAAAAAAAAAAAGUUAGAGUGAAAGUGAAAAAUAGAAGGGAGAACAUUAUUUAGAGAAAAUGUGCUUUGUUGUAUAGAUAUGAAGAUUAUACAUAUAUAUAUACACACACACACAUAUACCUAUAAGUGUUUAAACCAUGGUUAAGGAUUCAGUUUGUUAACAGAGUAAUUUUAGGUGAGGAGAGGUUUAGUGAAUUGAUUGGUGUGUUUUGAAAACCAGCUGAUCUGCACUAUCUAUAAGUAUGGUAAUGACCAUUGGGUGGGAUCUUGCGGGGAGGGUGGGCCACCUUCCAGAGAUGAUACCUCUGCUUAGGCUUUUCUGCAAUGCCUGGUUACUUUUCAGAUCUAGGAGUUGCUAAUCAAUGCUGCUAUUUGGGGCCCAGUCUGAAAUAAAAAGGUAAGGGUUAGAAAAAAACAAAACAAAUGCACUUACAUGCUAGAGGGAGUGGGGUAUAGUGACACAAAGGGUAUAAGUAGGGGUAAUGAAAUAGGUUGCUUAAAAAGUAAUCAUCUUAUUGUCUGAGAAAAUUAGCUUAAAUAGACACUCCGGUCACCAAAACAACAUAUUCUCAAAUGGUUUCAUCCCAAAGUGUGCCUCCAGCACUGAUCUGCACGUUCCCCAGACGGCAUCUGACUUCUAAAUCUCAGAUUCAGGAAGUGUGGAGUGCCUCUAGGCAGUGGUGCCGAUGACUGACUUAGAGCGGUCAGUUGAUGCUCUAAGCCAAUCAGUAGCUCCCCAUUGAUAAAGUUAUGUUUUUUUUCUUUUUAUCAAUGGGGAGCUGUUGAUUGGUUAGAAGAAGCUAAAUGGAGUGUAGGAAACACAAAAUAUCAAUAUAUCCUAUGUCAGGGCUUGAUAAAUGUGCUUGUGUAGUGGUUCUGGUGUCUAUUCUAAUGUAUACUCUGCCUUUUCAGAAAAUAAGGCGGUGUUUACAUUUCUUCCUAGUAACACAGGUGGCAGUCACUCAAGAGGUCACUACAGGUGCUUCUUAGUCCAGUGCGGCACCUACAUUUAGCACUGAAUGCUCCCCAUAGCGAUUGGGUUGGCUGAGAUUAUCAAGACUGUUUAUCUCUACCAUGGUGGCAGAACCCGCCAUGGUGAGACUGGCACAACUUGGGUAAAAAUACCUUUCACAUGCAAUCAGAGAGGGGCAGGUCAUCUAAACAGACACACUCACUGACAAAUUCACACACUCACUGACAGACACACACAUUUUCUCAUACACUCACUAAUUAUUGUUAUUUAUUUUUUAAAUUUUAAUCUAGCCUACCCACAGUGAAUACUGUCAAUGGGGUCUAGUAUGGCUGCUGUAAUCUUCCUGUAAUCUUCCUGCUCUUACUGCUCUGCUACCUGCUCCUAUUUAGUGAUACCGGGGCCAGAAUACUGUCAUAUCCUGGCUGCCAUCAUCACAGCAGGACACCUCACCACCCAGCUCCAUUCUCCCUCAGCCGCUGAACGGGCUGACAAACUCCCAGACACCAGGGCAAAAUUUAUAGUCACCAUGGCAACCUGACGCCUGGGAUUUGUCGAGUCCUGUCCUAUGUUAUUUACCAAACAUUUUUUUAAACUAUUAGUUACCAGACUUCUAGACGAUGUGUUAAUAAGAAAGCAUUCUCUGUAUCGUAGAGUUGAUCAGAUCCUCACUUAUUGCAUCUAUUACAGCUGAUUAUCACUGGAUAGAUAGAAUGUCAUGACACAAGAUCAGAAUGACAAUUAAUUUUUUCAAGACUUUCAGUGUAAUUUGCUGAUUUAUGUAUAGCACACUGUAGCCUGGAGUCAUGUUGCAUUAAAAAAAACUCUAUAAUAGUAAAAAUAAAUAUAUGUAUUUUCAAUGUUAAAGUAUGACUUACUGUGUUUAGAUUACUGGCUUUUUCAAUUUUAUUUAAAAAAUAAACGUUAAAUAAAGCUGUAAUUCCAUGUUGGGGCAGUCUAUACUGUGCAACAGCUCCACCUAUCUGUAAUGAUUACUUCUAAAUAACUGGGGACAUAGGACUCGCUGCCACUAUAGUGAAGUACUGAAUCAAAUGCAUCUCUCUAAGAGGUAUUGAACACAUUCGGUGUCAUCAUGCUGCGCAUGAUGAUGCCCAAAGUGAAGACCUUCAAUAACAAUUGUGUUCAAGGUGUGUUUUCAAGGCGUGUUUUAAGCAAAAUGUAAGCAUUGCUGUUUGUCAUAAAUAGCAAUGAUUUACAUUGUCAGACAAAGAAGCAAAUCUAAGAGUCAGAUUUGACCAUCAUUUAGUAAUUUAAAAAUAUGUUAUUCCUUACUACAGUGAUAGAAAACUGUUUUAGAAAACUAGCAUUUGUCGAACUCAUGUCAUUUACAGUACACUUAACUUUUCUUUUUAUAGGUCUCAGCACAAUUACUUGAGAAUUACCCGCAUAUUAAAAAGUCUUGGGGAGCUUGGCUAUGAGAACUUUAAGUUUCCUCUUGUGAAACUCUUCCUCCGUGAGUCAGUUGUUGAAAACACAAUCCCAAACAUGAAACAAAGCGCUCUGGAAUACUUUGUAUAUACAAUAAAGGAGAGAAGGCAGAGGAGGAGACUUUUGCGUUUUGCUUAUCGCCAUUACCAACCUCCUGAACACUUUAUUUGGGGUCCACCUAGAAGACAGAAAUUGAACGAAUACAAAGUAAUUAAAAAAUCAACACCUCCAACGAGAUCUCAGAAAAAGCCUCUCCAAAAAUCAAAAGAUACAGAGAGUUUGUGUAAACCUGAAAUUUCAGUACUGACUGACUCAAAAACUGAAGUACUAGCUAAACAAUCAACUGAAAAUACCUUUGUCGAAGAAGCAGUAACAAUCAGUGAAGAAGCAACGGAAAGUGAAAAUGGUUCAAAAGAACAUUGUGACAAUGAAGAAACAACUGUCACAUCUCUUGAGAAUGCAUUGGAUAGACAGGAUGCUGUAACUAACAACACUAUGACAUGUGAUAUACGUGAUGUUGUUAUAGUGGACUCAACAGAUGUGGAAAGCAAGGACUGCUUAUGUAGCCUUUCACCUGCUAAUCCUAACACAGUUGAGCUGACAGUACCUGCAGGAGAAAAUCUAGAACCUACACUUGAGAGAAAAGAUGAGGCAAAGUAGAAAGACUAGAUGCUAGAUUAUUAUUUUUUUAAUAAAUUACAAGGUGAUAUCCAUAGUAUAUCUAAAAGGAAUUUUGGUAUAUUGUUUCAAGUUGUCGUUUUAAUGGUAAGGUGUACAGACAUUCUGAAUCAGUAAUGUCUAUAUUUUGCACAACCAAAAUACGUUUUUUAUGAGUCAGUCUGGUGCUUCUAAAAUUGCAUAUUAAUGUAAUUCACAACAUUCUAUAGAGGAUGUAUGGGGGAGAACCAUUAUGGGUUGCAAGGCUUCAGAUGACACAUCUGUGUCUGACAGGGUUAUUUACUAAAGUGAGAAUUCAAGGUGACUUCUCAAUGAAUUUCAAAUUUAAGGCCAAUGUAGCUGGCCUGAAAGCCUCGCUGACUUAGGGAAUAUUUCCAAUUUGGCUAUUUUGACCUUAAAUUUGAAAUUCCCUUUAAAUCUACUUUGAUUAUGACUUUAGUGAGUUACUCUGUGAAUGUUAUAUAUUUUUAAAGUCUAGAUUGAAGGUUUUCUAAUUGAAUUAUGUCCACGUAAUAUAUAUUCACAUUCAGUAGAUAUAACCUGUGUCCUGUAGGUUAAGAUGAAUUCAAAUUUCAGUUACCAUAGAUAAUAAAUAUUAUAUUUUUAUUAUUAAUAUUACUACUGUUACUGUGUCACUUGCAUUACCUUUAGUAUACACAUAAGUGGAACUGUUGGACUAUUAAAGUAAAAAUUACUGUUUGCUAAUCACCCAUGUGGUUGCUGUUGGAGUCUGUGUAGUUUUGUGUGUCCUUGCAUUCUAGGUAUCAGAUUGGACAUCAGAAUGCUGACACGUUCACAUUUGCCAUAGAUGCAGUUUUAGUUUUUUAAAUGAUACUGUCACUUCCCAGAUUUUUUAAUAUUAGGUUUACUUUAAGAUACAUGCCAGGCACCAAAACAAGUAAAUCUAAUGAAGUUGUGAUGGUACCAUGAGCCCCCUGGAGGCAUUCUUACCUCAAGGGAUUAAACCAUUCUUGAAAGGCGAUGUUCACUCUCACCAAAAUGACAUCUGGCUUCUGGAUUUUUACUAAAUUUUUCAAAAGGUAUGUUUCUUUCCAAGCCAGUUUAGUAAAUAGGGAUUUAGUGAUUGGCUGAGAGCGUCAGCUGACUACUUUCUUCCAAUAAGUGGCGCCACUGCAAUCUGCACUUCCCAAAUUUUAAAACUCAAAGGCAAGAUGCCGCCUGGGGGGACAUCGUCGCUGGAGGUAACUAUGGGGUUGAACCGUUCAAGAAAAGUUUAACCUCUUGGGGUAAGAAUGCCUCACCAAGGGGCCUCACCAUUUAGAUGUCGUUGCUAUGGUGCUUUGAGUGUCCCUUUAACUUGUAUAUUUAGCAAACAUGUAUUUGUGAGGUGUGAAAAAUAAAAUGUAAAUGUAUAAAUCACACCUCUUUAUCCUGCAACUGGAUGCCUCCCCCUGGGCCCCUUGUCAUUGUUACAAGAUUUACCCUUAGCACGUGGCAGAAAGCAUAAAGAAAGCAUACAUAGAAGAAUUAGAGAUUAGCCUAGCCAGAGGUGUAACUAGAAACCACGGGGCCCAGGUGCGAAAAUUUCCCUGGGGCCCCCCCCGUACGUCUACAUAGAAACAUAGAAUGUGAUGGCAGAUAAGAACCAUUCGGCCAAUCUAAUCUGACCAAUUUUCUAAAUACUACCCCCUGCCACCCUCCCCCUGUACAUCUACCCUCGCCCUCCCAUACGUUCCCACCCCCCUCCACACAUGCAAACAGAUACACAUGCAGACACUCACAUAUACAGAGAAACACACACAUACAGACACACACACAUACAUACAAACACAUACAUACACACACACAGACACAUACAUAGAGACACAGACAGACAUACACACACACAUAUAUACAGACACACAGACAAACAUACACACACAUACAUACAGACACACAUACAAACAGACACACAGACAGACAUACACAUACAUACAGACACACAGACAGACAUACAGACACACAGACAGACAUACACACACAUAAAGACAUACACACACAUACAGACAGACACACAUACAUAUAGACAUACAUACUCGUAGAGAGACACACACAAACACAUACAGACAGACACACACACACAGACAUAUACACACACAUACAUACAGACACACAGACAGACAUACAGACACACAAACAGACAUACAGACUCACAUACAGACAGACACACAUACAUACAGACAUAUAAACACGCAGAGAGACACACACAAACACAUACAGACAGACACACACACAAACAGACAUACACACACAUACAUACAUACAUACAGACAUACACACACACACAUACAUACAUACACACAGAAAGACAGACACUCACAUACAUACAGACACACAGACAGACAGACACUCACAUACAUACAGACAUACAUACACACACACAUACAGAGAUUCAUACAGACACACAUACCUUUCCCUAGGGUCCAUUUGCUCAGCCUGAUGGGAGUCAGAGUUCCCACUCUGGCUCCCUCCUCUCCUUCCUCCUGCGUGGCUCCUGGUUCUUGCUGGGAGGAAGUGACCGGGGCAGUCACUUCCUCCCAGCCUCUGACCUCAUCAGAGGCUGUUAAAGCGCUAACCAGGCCCCCUGAAAAUAAAAGGCAUCAGGUGGCCCUAACAGCAUAGGCCACCCAAUGGUCCCCUUCAAUCCGGCCUUGGCGGUUACACCUCGCGGGCCGGGGCCGCAUUACUUAGCCGGCGGGACCCAUGGUUGCAGGGGUCCGCAGGGCGGCUGGGCUCCUUGGAGUGAUGUUCCCGGUCCCCAGCAACUGCGUUAGUUCCGCCACUGAGCCUAGCCUUGGUGAUGGUAUAGUCUACAUUUUAAUAAAGACAGAAGGCAAAUAUUUGCAUCACUCCCUUUACUGUAAACUCCCAGCAGCAAAGAACAGAACUAGUGAACAAUAAUAAUAGUUAUAAGCGAUUUCAAUGUUUUAUUCAAUAAAAUAUGUUUAGUUUCCAUAGAUGUAAGUAUUAACUUUAAAUCCCAUAGAAUGAUAAAAAAAAAGUUGUGAAGACUAAGCUGAUUAGGGCCUGAUUCAGACCCAAGACCAAGACAGUUAUACUUAAGUAUGGUAAACCCUAUUGACCUCUUAUCUGUAAAUCUGUGCUUUGAUGUUAUGUGGAUAUAAGCAACAAUAACUACUGUUUAUGUCUCUUCUGUGUAAUUUAGCACAUUUCAUUAUUAUUACUAAUUACUUUGUUGUAAUUAACCUUCUUUGAUACAUUGCUGAAAUUACAGAAGGCUUUAGUAAAGUGCAUCACUAUAUAUUAAAACUGUCUUUUUGUCUGACUCAUAUAACCUACUGGCAAAGCUACAGUAUCUAAUGUGUAUACUAUGAUGUUUACUAGGUAUAUACAUGUUGUCAUUAGGGUUGUAUGCUUUCUUUAACUUAAUGUUUAUUGCUCCACUAUUAAUGUUUUAAAGGAACACUCUAAACGCAUAAAGCACUUUAGUUUGCUGAAGUGCGUUAUGUGUGAAGAGUGUGUCCUCUUGUUUUUAUUUUACAAAAAGUACAGAUUUCAAAAGAAAUUAACCCUGUUACACCCUUCGAUGUCAAUCAGACAACUGGUCCUGUUACUUCUGGGUAGCUUCCAUACGUGCCAAGUGUAUCUAGUUAAGAGGGACAGUCCUGAUUUUUGGUCAAAAUGCCUCUGUCCAUUUCUAUCCUAAUGUCCCACUUUUGUAAAAGCUCCAUAUUAAUCAUGUGUCUGAAUGUAUAGCAUUGCCCUGUAGCAAUAAUACUCACAGCAACAAUAAAUAUGUUUAGAAAUCAGUCUGUAUAAAUCAAAUACAUUGUUCUUGUUUUAAAUUAUAUCUUAUCUGUCUAAAAUUGUUAUUGGUAAUGUCUCAGAAUGGCCACACACCCACUCACACACCUAAAAUGAACAUGUCCCUGUUUGUCAAUUAAAAUGUUGGGCAGUGUGGUAUGGUUUAGCUAAAUAGAGCUACAUCCAGAGGCAGGACGUUGCCCAGAGCUUCUCCCUUGCAAAGUCUUCUCUUCAAGAUCUCUCAUGUAGAGGAAGAGUGUGCCAGGAUCUACAGGAGUGAAUAUCUGGAUUUCAUGGAAUUAACAGGAAAC